AACAGGUCCGGCGUUAUCUCCUUGUGCCGUGCUCGGCUCGCAGCAGCAGCUAGUAGUGGUGCGGCGUACAAGAGAACUAUAAAUUACGGCAUACGGAGCGUCGCACCCGGUGAAAACGUCGUUAUAAUAAUAACAACAAUAAUUUAAUUCGGUUUGAAGUCAAAUAUAAUAUUAUAUCAUUAUGAAUUGAUUGCAUACCGUUUUUCCGUUCCAACUUGCAAUUCGACGGGGACCUGCGCGUUUCGCGUAGCCCUUUUGUUAUACCUAUAUAAAUCACCUGGUGGCGGGUAGGAGAGCUACUGAGCGUUACGCCGUCGUCACGGGCGUGCGUGUCUGUGUGUGAGUGCGUGCGGGCUAGUGCGUGCAAUCGUGUACAGUAGUACGCCCCGCGAUAACGGUUUGCCCGGAUCUUUGACCCACGCGUGGACGGCGGAGCUCGUACUCGUCCACAUACGGUUUCGGCGGUGACCAGUACAUCUCCGAUCAUGACGUUCCGAACCAAGGGCCACAAUAAACAACAACAACAGCAGCAGCUGCAGCAACCGCCCGACAACUUCCAAUUCUACUCCGAUAGCAACCAUCACCGACAGAGCCACUAUGACAAGACCGGUCAGCUGCUCCAGGAGCCACCGCCACCGACACCGCCAUCAUUUCUGCAGGCCGUUGUUGGGAGCGGCGGGUCCGCGGCUGCGGUUACGGCAGUCACCUCCCCGACGGCGACCACCCUCCCUGACGGCGACGGCACGCCUUACGUUUACACCACUUUUGAUCCUCGGUGUUAUACCCUGCCAAAAAAGGUAAGCGAAUAACUAUCGUGUCCGGUACCUAUUUAUAUUAUAAUAUAGGUGUAGUACGCGUCCAUCGCCGUACGCGCGCGUAGAGAUAGUGAUGGUUUCGCGCAAUCACCGGGCCGAUGGGAACGCCGUAAUCGCACGCGUGAACCCGGAACGUGCGGCUAUAGUGACGGACGAACGCUGAGGGAUAUAGAUGGACAGCAGCAGAGGUUGAGUACGAGCGAAAGAGUGACGAGAAAGACGGGUUCAGAGUGAGAGGAAUAGCCGCCGCCACUCGCAUACGUAUUAUUAGUAUACACGCGCAUAAUAACUUGUUUUGUGAGCACCUUUCUCCGGGUGUCGGGAAUGCCCGAGAGAGCGGUCGGUCCUUAGACGCUGUCGUAGACGGUGACCGGCCACGACGAGUGGGCAUACGUGUGUUACCUCUCAAUCGCGUGCGACCAAAACAGUUCGGCAUGCCACUCGUUUCGCGCAGAGGUAUGAUCCCGUUGGAACGGUGUCAUUAAAUUCGUAUUAUGGCCGCGUGAGCCACUAACAUAUGGUGGCCGUGCGCGCCGGGAGAACUCACGUGCCCCGCUGUCCCGCCCGUAAACCGGGAGGCGACCUCAACCCGUCGAUUGCGCGCCACCCGCUAGUGUCUACCUCGUCGGGCGCUCUUCGACGCGGAAGAAUCGAUUUUCGUUUCGACGCGUCUACUGCGCUACGUACGCGGCGCACAUCGUCUCACCAUAACAUAAUAUCAUGGCCAUAUGCACGGAAUGUUUUUAUUUAUUUAUUUAUUUUCAAUUUUAUUGCGGCCCAAUAUUAUUAAUUAUUAUUGUCUUUGUUCUAACGCAAACAAGUCCGGUACGAUACGCGUACACAUACGUAAAUAAUGCACGUACAAUAUUUUCUUAAAUUUUAUCGAUUUGUUAACGCGCGUCUUCCCGCGGGGUGGCUGCUGAUCAUGGGAGGUCAUAAUCGCGCUCUCGUGUGCUGGCCGCGCACGUAUGGUAUUAUUACGUUUCCAACAAUAUUCUUAUAACAUACAGAAUUGAAAUAAUCUGUGUCAAUCUCCUUUUUUUUUUUUUAUUCAUUUCUUACAUAUCAUAGCUAAAUGUAAUUCUUACGUGUCGUCGUACACACAUUUAAUUCCCUAGGUGGCCGGUAAACGCCCUAAAUAUGCCCUAUAAACACAACAUAUGUUUUUAUACCACCCCCGCUCGAUAGCCGGCCGACAUAGAACAGCCCGCCACCGCCGCCGCACCGUUAUCACCCCUCGACUUGAUGACAUGUUUUUCGCAGAAAAUUACGUUUUUGCGGACGUUUUGUUACUUUAUCGAGCGCUCCUACUUAUUAUACGAUACAUUAUUGUGUAAAUGUGAUUAUGAUGUAUACGCGUCUCGGACUGAUUCGUUUUGUUGUCGCCCGCAAUAUGGAAAACUCGAACGAAUUUGUAUUAUAUGUAUACAGGGUGAUCAAUUCUCAAUGAGACACAUUCAUUAUUUCGGGACAGAAUUAAUUUUUUUUUUUUUUUUGUUAAUGAUUUAAGAAACAAGCAGCUCUAAAAUGUUACAUUACACUUUUAUUGCCGAGGUGCAACCAGUUGACGAAAUUUUCCAUUUUUAAGUUUGGGUUGGGAGGGGUGGUAAUAGCGGAGCAGUAUUCCAACGUCACGUGCCUCGUCGUCACACAAACUACUAUUAUACUAAUCCACUACUCUUCUUCUUCUUUGGAUUUCGGCCUUUUAAGACCAUUCUGUAAGACAAAUUCUCCUCCAGUGCUUUCUAUUUUCCGCCAAUUCUUUCCAAUUCACCUCAGAGUCCUCUGUCACUACAUCCUUUUUUACACAUCUUCCUAUUUAAGGCGUGGCCUACCCAGCGGUCUAUUCCCCAUCGGAUGUUCAUUGAUCACGGCUUUGAUCAAUGUGCCAAUUUUUUCGCUAAGCAUGGCCGGCCAACCUUAGUUUUCUUAAUUUCCCACGUAAUACACGGUAUUUGGGAUACAUUUUGGAGUUCUUCUCUUACCCAAACUUAAAAGUUUAAUAUCUCGUUAAUAGGUUAACAGGAAAUGAAAAUGUCAACAUCAAAAUGAAUAUAAAAUAAAGCUUUAUCUAUUUAUAGAAUUUUCAGUAUAGGUUUCAUUCCUAAAAUUAAGGGUUACAAAUAAUGUGCGUAAUUUUUUAGGGUCGUUUGUUUCAUAAAUUAUCCAAAAAAGAAAUUCUGGUAAAAAUUAGUAUUAUAAUACGUGUCUUACCAAAUAUUGAUCAGUCUUUGUACAACAAACUGAAAAUAAUUAAUUUUUACAUUGACGUGACGUUAUUUGAUUUUUUUGUUUUUUAUAUCCCCGUCCCCUUUUUUAAAAAUAAAGUCUCAUGUGAAAAUCAUUAUAUGGCCCCGGUUUUCAAAUAAUAACCAUGUAAUCGAUACGCGCAUAGCUGAUAAUCGUAAAUAAUUAUAAUACCUCUGUACUACACUACUGCAGCAACGUUAUAUAAAGUGACAUCAAUAGUUUUCAUUUUUUUCUUUUAAACAUAAUUUAUACGAGUCUAUUAUACGUAUAGUAUAUAGAAUAUAGAUGUAAAUACAACAACCGAACAACAUAUGUUUUCGCGUACGCGUACGGCUACGCCUUAGAAUGCACAUAGUCGGAUCUCGAUAAAGCAAUAAUAUUUUGUUAUCUUCACUCGUAUCUGUCGCGGAAGAGUAUAUAUAAUAUUAUAAAUAUUAACAUAAUGGUAGUCACGGAUGAAAAGCAAUGAAAUUGACCGCGAUAUACCAAAUUGAGUAGUAUAUACUCUAUUAUAAUACCUACUCGUAUUAUAUAGUAAUUUACACUAUAGGUAAUAGGUAUGUAUCGAUCAUUUGCAUGCUUCCUACCUAGUAUGGUUUUGAGAUCGGUAAAUUAUUUAUUAUUAUUGUCUCAACGUGUUAUAUAUUUGAAACGUAUUAUGAUAAUAUAUCUAUUGGCUAUUGUAGUUUAAUUAUUGUAUGAAAAAAAAAAUACAUAUAUACCAAAAAGUGAUAAUAUUAACACAAUGUUCAAAAAUAUUAAAAUAUACAGUGUAUAACAGGACUAUUUAACAAAUUUUAUAACUUUUUUUCUAUUGUAAAUUUGAAUUUUUAAAAAUUCGAAAUAAAAAAAGUAAAAUUGUAUUUAAAAUUUAAAAAAGAGCUGAUGCUGCUGAUGGACCAAUAAUUAUCUCAGAGGAUUUUAAGUGAAUUUGGUUUUUUCUGUUUUUUUCUAAUCAUUAUUGAAUCGUUUUAUUUUUCCGAUUAUUUAUUUUGUUCAGAAAGUGUAUGAACGAAGGUAUUUUCCCCUCAGUUUGAAAAAUCACGUCCGUGACUCCAGUCUUUAAAUCGAAUGAUCCGUCGUCUGUCACCAAUUAUAGGUCUAUCUCUUAUCACCUCAUAUCGCUAAAAUUUAUCAAUAAUUAUGUAGGUCCAAGUCAAAACCAAUUCUUAUUCCGCAGCACCAUAGAUUCCGUAAAGGAUAGAGCACGAUUAUCAGAAGUGUGUCGUUUUCUUCAUUUAUUUUAGACUGCUUUGAGAAUAAUUGUCACGUAAAUGUCAUUCUAAUUGAUUUUUCUAAAGCAUUUGACACUGUUCCCCACAAUAUACUUUCCAGUGAUUUCGGCCGUAUUGGUUUGGUGAACCAUUAUUGUCAUGGUGUUUCGUUCCUUCCUCUCUGACCGGAAACAAUUCGUCAAAUUUAACGGUAUUUCAUCUAACUUGGUCAAUGUAACCUUUGGUGUACCACAGGGUUGUCAUCUAAGUCCUUUUUUUCCCCUCUUUGUUAACUCUAUCUUUAUAGUCACUUGAAUAAAGCUUAAUUCCUACUAUAUGCUGGUGAUAUAAAAAUAUUCUAUAAAAUCAAAACUCCUGCUGACUGCUUUAUACUACAAGACGAACUUAUCCAAUUCGAUUUGUGGAUUUCCCAACUAGGUCUCUCUCUCAAUGUUGACAAAUGCAAAGUGACAAAUGCAAAGUGAUUUCCUUCACUAGGUUAAGAAACCCGAUGCAUUAUUCAUAUACCCUUAAUAGUAUACAGCUAGAGCGUGUUUCCAGUAUUAAAGACCUUGAUAUUUAAUACUCCUGCUCUUUCUCCUUUAGCCAUCAUAUAGAUAUUGUCAUUGGUAAAGCACAAAAGGUCUUAGGUUUUAUUAAGCGUAACAUCAGGCUCUUAAAGUCAGCUAAUUCACUUCGUUCUUUGUAUUGUGCUCUUGUCAAGCAAAUUAUAGAGUGUGGCACUAUUAUUUGGUAUCCUUACCUUGCUAAGGAUCAAAUGCAAGUCGAGAGCUUUCAGUACAGGUUCUUAUCAUAUGUCACUUUCAAACUUAAUUUACCAUCUCCUAAUUAUGACUACUCCUUUAUUUCUGGUAUCCUGAAUUUACCUUCUUUGUCUUCGCGCAAGAACGAGGCGGGCAUUCGGUUCUUCAUGUCCUCCUAAACAAUUUACGAGAUGCUCCUGACCUUCUCUUUAUUGUGCCUUUAAAAGUUCCCUCAUUCAACACCAGGAGCCAAACUCCUUUUUAAAUUACAGCUCACUCAACUUUUUGUACCCAUAAUCAUCCAUUACUUAGAAUGCUUAGGCUGGCAAACCUGGAUCGACCUUUGUCUACACCCUAUUAUAUUUUACUUUGAAACUAUUACUAUUGUUAUAAUCUCUUAUGUUUAGUACUGUUUCACUAAUGUUAUUCAAUUAUCUAAGUUUUUGGUUUUGUGAUUGCUGCUCGGCAUUUAUAUUCUAAUAAAUAAAUCAAAUUCACUUAAAAUCAUUUAAGGUAAUUCCUGGUUCAUGAUAAAAAAAAAAAUCACCCUGUAUAUACUAUAUAAUAUACAUAUAUAGUAAUUUAUAUUAAAACAUACUAAUUAGUAAUUAUACUGUAGAUUUAUAAAUCAUUACAUAUAAUUUUUGUUUAAUUGGUUUCACCAUUGAAGUCACUCAAUAUUUUGUUAUUAUAUAAGAAAUAUAAUAAUUUUUAAUGGCCUAUAAAUAAAUCAUAAUAGUGUGUGUAAUAUAUUACAAAGUUACAUUAACUAUUUACUAUAAUAUUAUAAAGUAUUUGUAUAAUCAAAAAGACAAUAGCCAAUAGAAUACAACAUUUAUAUAUUUUUUUUUAAAUGCAUUUAUAAUUAUAAAUAUAUAAUAGUAAAAGUUAUUUAUAAUGCGUUUCUAUUGGACAUUAGUUUUGACAUCAUUCGUUCGAACGUAGGUUAAUUAUAACUAUAUAAUAUAUUUAUUCUCCUUCCUAAUAUAGUUUCUUGUUAAAGUAGAUAAUAUUUUCACUUAUCAUUUAUUAUUAUUAGAUUUAAAUCAUGUUCACUAUUUUUAAAACUACCUAUUUACUCUGUAUAGUGUUUUUCUUUUUAAUUUAUUUAAAAAUAAAUCCUUUAUGGAAUUAUAUUAUAAUAAUUAUAGUCGUAGUAUAUUUUAAAAGAAUUCAUAAUAUAUAUAUACUGUAUGUGCGUAUGAAUUAAAUUUAAUAGAGCUCUUUACAACUAUUUACUAUCUUAAAUCUAGUAUAAUGGUAUUAUUAUGUCUUAUACGAGUACACUCGUCAUCCGCGGAGUGUACAGGAAUUGUUAAUAGAACGAGAUACAUCCCGUCCUAUCAACAUAUUUUAGUAUUGUAGUAAAUAUUAAAUAAUAAUCGUGAUUCGUAAAUAGAUCGUAGAAUCUUAUUUUUUUAUUCGAACGAUGAAAAUGUAAAAAUCUGAAUCCAUAAAAGUCAAUUUUUAUUCAAUAAAACAAGAUAUUUUUUUUUUUGUAAUUUUGCUGAAAUAUAUAAUUUCAUGAUAAAAUGGCUAAAUAUAAUAUAAUCAUAGUUAUAUUUUUAAGCGAAUUGGGGAGAUAUAAUCACUAUAACAUUUCCCCGUCAUGUUUACUAUGCAUGUCACUUCCGUAAUCUGUAACUUAUACCAGUAGUUUUUACCACGUUUUUAAAAUGGUCAAAUUUACUAAUUCUCUAUUGGUACCUAAUAAAACUAUACAUUUUUUUCGUUUAUUCGUUACCGCGUAUCUACUUAUGCACUACCGUUUGAUAAUAAAACGUAAACACGCAUCAUCAGAAAAUUGAGAUACAUGUACGCACGUCGUAAGCGAAACGUAAACAAUCGGCUGGUAUAGGUAAGAAUGACGGUAAGAUGAUGAUGAUCAUAAUAAUAAUAUGGGUUAAGUAUGUGAAAUAUAAAAAAAAACUCCGUCAUCGUUUCCAUGCCUCGUACAGUAAAUCGAGUGAGUCACAAUAAAUAUAUAUAAAAAAAAGACCGGGAUGUCCCAUUGUUUAGGUAAAGUUAUUUGAUUUACGCAAUGAUUAACCAUUACUAAUGAAAAACGUUUCUCUCAAUUAUUAUGAAAAUCAUAAAAUGACCACACAAACGCACUAACUAGGUCUAAAAUGCAACUUAAGGGUUUCUUGGUAUUUAUUGAUUGAAACAAGAUUUCUGGUAAAAAAGUUAUUUACAAACAGAAAAAAAUAAUGAACACACAUAAUAAAACCAGUAAAUUUUUCGCUUCGCUCAAAAUCAAAAAGGUCAUAUACACGUGAUACAUUUCUUUUCUACUUAUUUUACUUUUUCCUUAUUCAUAUAAAUAAAUUAAAGAGAAUGAUUAUUUUAUUAUAAGCCAGCAAUUUUCUCGGAGGAUUUUAAAUUAAUUUAGUUUCGGUUUUUUUUUUAUCAUUAUGAUAUUGUUAUUUUAACAUUAUUUUCAAUUUUCACGCCUACUCGUUUUACUUGUAAUGAACAUCAACUUAAGAUUUUAAAAUAGCAACUCCUUUCAAUCACAGAGUCAAAUAGAGAAUAUUUUUCUAUAAAUAUUGAUAUGCAUAAUGCUUAAAACAAAUUUACGUUUUAUGAGUUAUAACAAUUCAAGGUUAAACCAGAAGAAUAGGGUACUAAAUAAUACCCUAUUCCUCGAGGCUCGGAAUUUACUGCAUUUAAUAUCAAUAAAAAAACGUCAAAAAAGUUCUGAAAGAAGCAAUUGACAAAUAUUUAAAAAAGCAAAAACGGUAGAAGGGUUUUAAUUUUUCCCUUCUAACGGCUUUAACUUAUCUAAUACAAUUUUCUAACACUACAAAACUAUAGUUAACCCAAAAUUAUUUUUUUUUUUAAAUACGUACAAUUUUAUUCAAACUAAAUAAUUUUUUUUAAUAAUUUAUAUCGUGUUAGAAAAUUAUAUUUAAUAAUUUGGAGUUAGGCAGGGAAAAUGUAAACCAUUUUAUCAUUUGAUCUAAUAAUAUUUGUUUAAAGUGCAGUUUUUCAAGUCAAUACUGUUGGUAUCCCAAUUACAUUUUUAAAUUCUUGAAAUCCGCAUGGUUCUUAUGAGAAAUCUAAAUUCACCAAAAUAAGUUCGAAUUUAAAUGUCCCAAUAACGUUUUAUUUCGCCAUGUACACCGAACGACAUCGAACUAAACAUUUUUAAAGAUUCUAAGUUUAAAAUAUAAAAUGUCGUAUUAUUAAUGUUCUUAUUGCUAUUGUUUAAUAUUAUGUCGCAUUAGAUAUUAAUAUCAUAUUUCUAUUUCUGUGACUCGAUGACACUGAAUAAACGAUAACGGCAAUGUAUGGCCAAGCCUGAAUUAAAAGAGAACCACAGCUCCUUUUUCCAAGAAUGUAAGGGACCAUUAUAUCAUCAUUAAUGUAUAUACAUUUUUUUAAUACAAAAAUUUGCAUACAAUGUUUUAAAAGAGGAAUUUCAAGUUUGUUUUACCAUUAGGCCCACUGAACCCUUAAUAACCCGUAUAAAACUAUAUAUUAACAUUGAUGUUUAAUUUUAAUAUUAUGUGGGUGAUGGCGCGCUCAUGACGUGAUCGUAUAUAAUAUUAUUAUAAUAAGCAAAAACGGAUUUUAGACUAGUAGCGCAGUCUAUAAGUUAAAUAAUAAUAUUAUUAUUAAUUCGAAGGGGAAAUAAGUAUUAUAAUAUUUAUAACGAAUGCCUCGGUGUGCGCAUAUAUGUAUAUAUAUAUAUAUAUAUAUAUAUGAUACAAAAGCGCACACUUAUAUAUUAUUAUUAUAUAGACGGAAUGAGAGGGAGUGGAGAGGAUGUCCGCCGUCGCGGUCCUUGACCUUCGAAAUCGUUUUAAACGAGUCUAAUAAACUUUGCGUAUACCUACAACUCUACCUACCUACCUACACCGUCGUCGUAGUCUAAACGAACGCGCACAAUAUACUUAUGGCACACGCACGUGCAUUCAGUCGGCUAAAAUAAUGUCAACAGGUGCCUCGGAAGGUUUUUUUCCGUUACCAUUAUUAUUAUAUUAUAUUAUUAAUAACGGUAGGGAGGUAUACGGUAUACGCCGUGACAGUAUGUCAAUAUAAAGUGUUCGAAACGGGGGGGAGGGGGGCAGGGAUAGUUGGACUACACUAUAAUAACACCGCUGAUGACGAAGGUACACAAAAACAUUAAAAACUUUACGUUCCUAAUAGAAAAUUAGUAUAGUAUACAACUCGUAGGUACAACUACUGUCGUCGUCAGAUAAUCGCGAGCCGGCCAUUAAUAAUAUUCUUUAAAAUAUAAUAAUAUACGCAAAAAAUUUAGUGUAUUGGCCAUUGAUGCCUGAUAUCAUGGAUGAUAGACCUGCACAGUUGUUAUAGCCCCCCUCAUCCUACGGGCCGUGUAUAUAUUUACAAUGUAAAUUUAAUAAUUUAUGAAUUACGAUUUAGUGUUAACUUCGUUUUUAUUAUUUCUUCAUACCCGAAAGUUUUCUAUAAUAAGCCGUAUAAAAAAUAUCGAGAAGAAGCAUUAUAUCAUAAAAAGAUUAAAUGAAGACAUUAAUGGAAAUGAUUUAAUUACCACCUUUGUUCAAAAUACUUCUAGGAAGAUGCAGCUAUCAGAAAGUUGUAUGCAGUAUAGUUAAAUAGUUACAAGAUUUGCCAAGAUAUUUCUCAUUCCAUUAUUAAGUUGUAUUUUAUUGAUUUUUGUUUAAAUUAUAAUAUUGAAAUGUAUAAUGAUCAUUCUUCUAUUUUUGGGGGCGAGGAAGGGAUUGAACGCAGUUAAAAACGUAUUAAGAUUACAAAUACAAAUACAAAUUAGAUUAAGAACAAAAUGGCACACACUUAAAAAUAAACUCCGUUAUAUUUUAAUAUAGAUGGACAAAAUAGAUUAUAUUUCAAUCCAAUCGUCAACCGAUAAUCGGAUUAGUAAUCAUAAUAAUAUAAGCUAUAUAUAUUUUUAUCUCUAUAUUAAAGCCAUAGGAUUAAUUGAAGUAAAAGUUGAUAGUUGUAGGAGGCAUUCAAUGAGUACCUGCAGACACAGUUGGUAGUCCCAAUACAGUAAUAAAUAAUUAUUUAUUUAUUUAACAAUAUUAUUUAGUAGGUAGGUUGUAGGUAUUAUAACACCAUAGCGAAAUUAAUUCUGUAGUAAAGUAUAACAUUUUGAGAAGUGAGGAGUUUAAUGAAUGAUGUUGUUAUAUAGGUAUAACGAAGCCAUUUUUACGUAAAGAUACAUUUGGUGAAAAAAUACCUGGGAGAAAAUGUCUCGAGGAUGAUACGUGGAAAAAAAUAUUCAACCCAUAUUACUAUUUUGCUCAAUAGAGAUUUGGUCUGACUUUAAUAUUAAAAACAUUUCAACUUGGGUAGGUUUAGGGGGAAAAUUAUUUUGUCAUAUACAUAUUACAUAUUUAAUUAUUACCUAUAAUUAAAUUAUUUAUUUAUAACAGAACAGGCCAGGGCCCAGAGUACAGAAUAACAUAUAUAUACAUACGUUUAUGAAAUCUCUACAAACAUUGUAUAGACAAGUUUGUUUACAAAAAGAAAAUAAUAAACAUAUUGACAAAAUUGGGUUGACGAGCCAAUGGCGUCCCCAGGAAUUUUCAAUGAGAGGGGUGUAGCAAAUAAGAAUCGUGAAUAAAUUGUAAAAUUGUCUUCUACAUCCAACUUGACUGUAGAAAUUGGUAAUUUAAAAGUCGAAUCUUAAAAAAAGUCAAUUUCUAAUCAAUACGCCAAGCUUUUUCUUGUAACUUGGUUGAAAUAUAUGCAUUUCAGUAUUAGACUACUAAAUAUAUAGAAAAAAUAUGAGUAUAUUUUUUGUAUUUUUAAGCCAAUGGGAGGGGGAAAGUAUAACCCCUACUUUCCCCCUGCGCAUGCCACUGAGUCGGACACUCAUUGGUGAAACACAUCGGACAUUGGCCUUUUACAGAAAUAAUUGGUGGUUUAAAAGGGUAUGGAAAAAGAAUAAGGUGAUUACGAAUGCGCAAGAAUCUAAGGAUACCGAAAUAAAGUUAACUUAGUAGUUCAGGACAAUGAGCUUUCUUAGGAAUAACUGGUUAUCAGAAACACACCUGUCAGCUAGGAUUGAUAACCCUAGAGCAGUGAUUCCCAACCUUUUUUGAUACUAUACGAACCACUUAGAGAACUUUCGAUGGGUUGCAUACCACCACAAUAUACCAAUAAUGACCUCUAUUUUUACUAAUUAUAUUUUUUCUACUUAACUUUGGUUUUCAUUUUUUUUAUUCUACGGUAAUAAUAAUAUAAGUGAUAUUAUAUGUACAAUAAUUUAUAAAUAAACAACGUAAUAAACUCCGAUUAUCACUAUUUAUUUACGUUAAAUACUUUAUUCAAUGUUGUUGGUAUUGCCUCGUGAAUCACCAUACAUUGUCCCGCGGACCAUAAUUUGAGAAUCACUGCUCUACAGAGUCUUAAGCACGGAUUUAUAAUCAUAAGGUUCAUGGUCAAUAUGAUUUACAAAAUAAAUACAAUUAUCAAAAUAUAAAAGAAAUUAUCAACACUAAACACUAAAAUUGUUUUGAAUAUCUUCGUAUAAAAUAAAAUUAGUUGAGCAUUUUAUUAAAUGCUCUAUAUAAAUUAAUCUAUGAUAAUAAAGUACAUUCGAAUAAUUAUAAUAACUGCUGCUUAUAUUUAGUGUUUGAAAUAUUUUACUGUCCACUGAAAUCAGCUAUACCUACACAUAAGCCACAAUAUUUAAGUGUAUCGAAAUAAUAAUAUUUUUAUUGUAAAAUUAUUCAUAAAAUAUUUUGCAAUAAAUUUGGUGAUUGCAGCAAAUAUUAUGCUUUUAUCAAUGACACCAAAGUUUGGUAAAAUUCACCUGUGACAUCAGGAUUCAGUACAUGUAUAAUGUACAGAAAGUGUAUCCGUACUCACUAAGUACUACUUAGCUGUUUAACUACAUUGGCAUCUUGAUAUUCCGACGGAGUUAUAUUCAAUAAAAAUGGACGUUACUUGUACGUAUAACCUCGACUUUCUCCACAGCCACUGAUUGUAAUUCAUCGAUAGUUAUGUGCGCCUGUAACUUAGUAUCUCCCAUUGACACUAAAAUGGAGACUAUACAAAUCUGGAAAAUAUUCACCAGGAAAAUAUUAUUCAGGAACGAUAUUUGCAUGGACUGAUAAAACCAAUGGUUCCCAGUCUAACAUGUAGCUCACUCCGUUCACCAAUUUGAGUCCGAACCCAUUAUGUCGGAUUUUUAAUCGCAAAUUAACCAUGUUGCAUGCAAUAAACCAUCGUACUAAACCACGUUGGGUAGGUUAGAGUGGAAAAAUGUGAAACAGUCUACAUUAAGAAAUAACAUCAAUAUUUUAGAAACUAAUGAUUAUUAUUAUUUUCCCGAUUUGUAUGUUACUCCCAAUAAAAUAGUUUUUUCGGGGCAGGUUUAGGUAAUGGGAUGCUAAAAUCGAAAUGUUUGAAAAUACAACAGUCUCUUAGCACCAGCUAUGGUGUAUACAGUUUAUAUAUUAUGAGAUCGCGGUUAUCUGUAUGCAUAUUAUAACAUUUAAACGUUAACUCUAAGAAUAUAAACCACCACGUGUAUGACGAUAAAUGAUUACGAUGAGGUCGUUCGUUUAUCGAUUACGGUUAUUAUUAGGAAAUAACAACGGGGGGGGUACGUUAAGUUUUACUUAUUUUUGUUCAAUAUUAUGUACAGUCGAAGUCGUGCGGGAUCAACACUUUAGUAUUUUUUUUUGUAUAAAUCUCCGAUGCCCCGUUUUUUAGUGAAAGCGCAUCCACUCCGUCGCACGUAUAAUUUCGCUCUUUUAUUGUUAUUUCGUUGUUGGUGUACACGAGUAUAUUAUAGGAAAAAGCGCGCGUGUGAGUGCGUGGAUUCGCUGUUGCUUUCCGCGACGCAAAACGGACGGACGAGCCGACCGGAGAUUUAUUGUGUACCGCAGCGUAUCCCCCCAAGGUCCCUUUCAGUUACAAUUAAAACGUUUAUUAGACGUGAACUCAUUUUUAUAUUUCGCGGACUGCAACAGUAUUUGUGUACCUAUACCUACCGUUUUUGUAGUUGUUGUUGUGAACGACUAUAAUAUAGAUGAUGUUUUUUUUCGCCGCACCAUACAUUUCUGUUGUACGACUAUACGACUAAUGUAUUAUUAUUAUUUAUUAUUAAAUAACCUCGAUUCGUCGUUGUUCAAAGUACGCUAGGGGCCUUAACUGCCGCAUUAUAAUUUGCAGUUUUUGUUCGCGUCUAUAUGUACGACCGACAGGUAUAUAUUUUUAACCACUAAUGCGAAUGCCGACCGUGUAAAACUGGUAAUAAUAAUAUUAUGUACUCAGAUGUCGCGACAAUAUUUUUUUUUAUGGGAUUUUAAAGGCUGUGUUUUACAGUUCCGCAUGUUUCACCUUUUGUGGUGUUUUCGAAGUAUUUUGUAAAAACCACAUAGGUAUAUUAUAGAUGUAUCUAUACUGCAGCAUUUUUUUUUGUUUCGUGGAGUUCCUGCAAAUUGUGUUUCGCCUUUUGAUUUUACGGAUUUUUCGUUCUGGUGGGUUCUUCUGUAAAAGUGGGGUAAAACUGAAUGAGAUGAGAUGUACCAAAUCUUUUGUAAUAAUUCGAUAAGUAAAAUGCGUGAGACGAAAUUAACGAAGUCCGUGAGAUUUUACUAAAAUGUAUCAAAAUAAUUUUUGAAAAUCUCAAAUUUUUUAUUGGCUUCGAGAAAUGUCUAAUACGGAUCAAUAACAUACUUUAUAAUUCUCCAUAGUUUCCAUAAUAGUUUAUCAUCGAAAAAUAGUUAUCUAUCAUCUUCCAAGAUUUGUAUUACCUAUAGAUUGAUAAAAUAUAUGAAACCAAUAUCCGAUAAUAAUAUCCGUCAAAAUCACCAUAGGGUCGAUUUAUUUGAAUGAAUGACAUGAAAUUUUCAAGAUUGUUUUAUUAUUCCAGAACAAGCUCUUUGAUCGCAACACAUACUCGUAUACUAUUCACGAAAAUACUCGAAUCGCGAAAAUAGUAGCGACCAAACAACUAGCCGACUUUCAGCAAUUUACUGUUUGUCAACGGUCACGGACGGUUUAGAAUUCAAUAAUACUGUUAUUCUGACGUAGGCAAUUAUAUCUAUAUAUAAUAUUAAAUUAUAUUAAAAUUCGACAAAGUUAGACAUUUACACGUAAUAUAUAAAUAUUAUAUUAAAUACACUUACCGUUCUAUUGCAUUUUUCUGACAUUUAUUGAUUAGUGUAAGUAUUAUGUCAUGGCAAUAAAUUAAUAACAAUAUACAUAAUUUUAUAAUACUGAAAAAAUACAAUGAUAAUUGUAGCAACGCAUUCUCUUUUUAUUAAUACAUAACAUAAAAUCAGCAUACAUUUUGUGUACAUUUUUGACUCAAUAUAGUUAGAUACCUAAAAAAAAAAUAAUUUUCUAACGUUAUUAUUUUAAUUAUUCAGCGGAAAUUUUAAACCUAAACGUGUGCCUCUUCCCGUGUCGUUCAAUAUAGGUAUAAGUAAUACCUACUUGGAAAUUAGUUGUGAAUUUUUUCUGCAUUCGCUAUUUAGGUAGGCACCAAUAUGUAUUUUUAAUUUUUGAGAACAUAAUACUUAUCAAUAACAACAUAACAAAAUAUUGUUUAUCAGUGUUUUUAUUAAUCGAACGUGAUAAAGAUUAUCAUAAUAUGAUUGUCAUGGUUGUUAUUAGUACUUUCUCUCAUUCACUGGUUCAGUAAUUGAUAGCACUGGUGUUUAAUUUUUAAGUUAUGUAAAAAAAAUAUGUUCAUAGGUAUAUAAUAUUAUAUACACCCAUCCAACGAUACAAUUAAAUAUUAUGCUUUAGACAAGCAGUACUUUGUUUACGAGGCUACUAUUGUUAUGUCAACUUUAUAGCUUUCGACCACACCCUAUUAUAAUAUGGUUACAUAUUUUAUAUGAAUAGGGUGAGGGAUUACUAGUAAAAAAACAAUAGUUCCCCAUCAGACCGUCGGCGUUUAAUUUUAACGGACUUAACCCUGACCCUGAUAAUAAUAAUCAUAACAAGAAUAAUAAUAACUUUAUAUUAUAGAUUAUUAAAAGUGAACUUUGCCGGUGUUGCAGGAAAUUGAAAAGUCUAUUGUAAACAAUUUCUAGGUAUUUUAACAACAACUGUUCAAACAGGUUUUUUUUCCAUAAUGUUUAUCAAUUCACCUAAUAAUAAUUAUAUUGUGCUUUUGGCUUCGCACUAAACCUAGUCAACGAAUAUUAUUAACGCAUGUACCUGCAAUGCAUUAUAACACAACAGUUGUCAUGGUAGGUACUGGUAUAGGUGCAGAGUACAAACCGUACAUACACAGUAAAUUUGCAUUUGUUAUUAUUUAUAGUCAUGUUAAAAUAAAAGGAAUAUUUCGAGUAGGUAAUUAAACGUAUAAUAUCAUAACAUGAGAAGUUAGAAAUAAAGGUACCUUAUGCAAUAAUACAAUAUAGUCGACUAUUGUGAACAUCAUACGUAUAUUAUUCUCGAACACACACGUCAAGCCGUAUAGAGCUUUCUUUCUCGUUCCUCUUGUAUACAGAAAACCCUUAAAUAUUAUGCAAUAUUAUAUAUAUAUACCUACAUAAUAAAUUUAAGGGCUCAGUGCAACUACUAUAAGGCAAGUCCACUUUUAUUCGGAAAUGAUAACUUCGAAUAGAGUAAUAAAUUUUAUACGUAAUUUGGUGUAAUAAUAAAACAACUAUGCAAAUCCGUCUUCUAGAUACAAAGAAAAUAUUGUUAUGGACUUGUCUGGUUCAAUCAAAUUCUGGCAAAAAGAAUUAUACGUUUUUAAACUGCUGAACAAUUUUGAAAAGUAUACUUGUCUAAAUUGUUGUUUCACGAGUGAAAUCCGUACCUAUAUUUUUAAAAAUAAAAUUAUUAUUGGAUACACAAAUCAAUCCCUAAACUAUGAGCAUAUACAACGUUAAAGCAUCAUUAUAAUACGAUAUGGUUAUGUUAAAAAAAUAUAAACCUUGAGAUUAUUUGACAAUAAAUAUGAGUGUUUUUUUUUGUACCAAUUCAUCAUUAAGCUGUUCCGAUUCAUGAACUUCGUGUGUAUAAUAUUUACAAAUCGUAUAUAUGGUACCUACUACCUUUAACACUACUGACAUAUUAUUAUAUAAUCUAAACCGACAUAUUUUGUGUAUACACUGUACACACAAAAGCAUAAUAGUAUUAUGGAGGAAAUCCAUCAUUAUUUAAUACGAAUUUUAUUUGCAGAAAACUCGGUUGGUAUGUACAUAAUACAGGUAGGUACCUACAUGCUACGUAUAAUAACUGCAGUCGGAAUGUUGUUCAACGUGAACGCUAAAAUACGCUGCAUAACAUAAUAAUAUUAUGUCAUAUUAGAGUACCAUCAAAACAAAUUGAAUAAUUCGUUAAAAAAAAAUAAAUAUUACUUAAUAUAAUAUAUAGUAAAGAAUUACAUUUUAUUCGCGUGUUAUAUAUUAGGUUUGAUGGAAAUACAAACAAAUUAAUUGAUUUAUCGCAUUCGAUUUUAUUUCUGCAAUUUUGUCGAACUGAACUUAUUUUAUAAAUGUUCCUAAUAUAAUAACUCCCCGAAUAAGUGAUUGGUAUUUCAAUUGGAAAUUAUGUGGAAGUGGAGAGAAUAUGUGUUGAGAACCAUUAGAAUUAAUUAAUGUCACUAUCUACCUGACUAGGAAAUAUACUCGUAUAUUAUUAUGAAUGUACGAUACAUUAUGUUGUGUUUUGUGCAACUUUUGUCACACUAAAAUAUGGGGGUUAUAUACUUAUCUAAUAUCAUUAUAAACACAACACAUAUUAAACGUACGAAUACGUACCUAAUAACUAUAUAUUUGUCUAAUCUAAUACUCAUAAAUGAUCUAUAAGCUUGAAGUAAUAUAAAGUUCAUUAAGAUAAAAAUUGUACACCUAGUAAUAGACCGGGUUUCACAAACGUUAUCUGUAAGGAGAUACAGAACCAUUAGCGCACUUACAGAUCUUUAAACCAGAUUGAGUGUUGCUCAAACGUUCUGUAUUAUUUAUCGACCUGUAAACUAACAGACCUGCAACUGACUAUAAUUUAUAGAACCAAAAUAUAUUCGUUUCUGUAACUCUUUGUAGAACGAUUUACAGAUUUAUAUCAUUAUUUUAUCAAUGCUAUUAAUAAUAAUAGCCUACAUUUCUGAUCGUUUUUUUUUUUGGAAUUUAUACACCUAUUGCUAAAUUUUAAUAAUUUAACUUAUAUUAUAAAUUUUUUAUCCUCAUCAUAAUUAAGUGAUGAUGAAUUUAUUAUUGAGGUGAUGACCAUAUUAUCGAGGCCAAAAUAUGUCCGGGAUAGAUCGAAUCAGCUGAUUGAGUUUGAUGCUGUAGAUUUCAAACAACUAUUCAGAUACUAACCUAACGGCUAAUAACAAAAUAAUCAAAUGCGUUUUUUUUUUAUGACAGGAAGAUGUCACAGUUUUAUUAUUUAUGAUUAUUCAGAUCUCGGUUAUCUACUCGAGUAAGAUAACCGUGGUUCAGGGUUAUCAAAUAAAAAUAGUUUAGUUUAUCCGGUAACUGUCGUUAUCAUUAUAUUUUAAUUUACAGAUUCAUUACAAAUUUUUUCGUGCAACACUUACAUGUUACAGAGCCAUUAUAAUUUACAGAUGUCAUCUGUAAUAUACAGGCCUCUAUAAAAUAAUUUUACUAUUUGUGCAACCCGGCCAUACUGUUACGUAAUUACAUAGUUACAUAGUAUACGGUUUUGGUGGUUUAUUGUUUUAUUUGGUUAUUUGAGAGAAUUGAUUCUCUAGAUAGUUAUGUUUUUAAUGCGUCGUAUAUGCCUACAGUAGUUUCUUUAUUGGCACGUGAAUGGCCAACCGCAACUUGAGAAAUAAAAUAAACCACUAUUAUUAAAUACAUACCAACCUACAUAUGACUUACAUUUGUGAUAAACUUUUUUGGCAAUCUCAUCGGAAUUAAGAUUAGGUAUGUGUAAUGUACUUACCAAUUUAGGUACCAAUGUAUAUUUUUAAUAAAUAAUAAACUAAAAGUGAAAUACAGAAAUCGGAUUCCGAGCAUUCUUCAUUGAGUACAUAGUAUAUUAUAAUAUACUUGUUGAAAUUGAUAAUUUAACUGUGUAGUAACAGUGUAUAAUGGAUAAACGCUCAUUAAAACCAAAACAAUGGCUUUAUCAUUAUUAUUAUUAUUAUUAUUAAUUAUUAUAAAAUUAAAUAAAUAUAAUUUUAUAGCAAUUCGAUUUUUUCUUAUUUUUAGAAUUGGUUAAAAUGUUAUCAAAACAUUCAAAAUCGACAUAAACUAUUGAUAAAUUCAUUCUUAGCACUGUUUAGAAUGAUUAUGCGUUAAAUGUAGCAUGUAUAUAUAUUAUUAUAAAUUAAUAAUAUUAAAAAUUAUUUGAAUUGAAUUUUUUGAAAUAAUCCUAUUUUUAGGUGUUUACUACUAAUAUCCUUACUGCAACAUUAAAUCCCGAAGCACAUGAAUUCAAGUAUAAGUCGUUGCCUGAAAAUCCAUCGAGGUUCAAUGAAGAAUCAAAUCAAGAUUAUUCAGAAAACGAAAUAAAGAGUAAAGGUUAGUUAUAUACAAUAUAUUUUGUUUCCUUGUACACGAUUUAAUUCUGAUUGGUAUAUUAUUAUAUAUACCUAGUUAUAUUGUUAACAAAAAUCGAUUCGCGGCUAUAAAAGAAUUCAUCAUUUGAGUCGUGUUUAUAUUAUUUUAUUCUUACAAAUUAUUAUUAUAUUAUUUGUGGUUUGUGAAAAUGUAAAAGUUUGACGGCAUUACGGCAGUGCAGUUAUAGCUAUGAAUGUUAUGAUACUUUCGAAGUGAACGUAAUAUCAGGCUGAAAAAAAAGUAAUAUCGACAUUAUUGAACGCGUAAAUUAUUUGAUUCGAAAAAUUCCGGUCAAACACAAUGUUUCAGCGAAUUAAUAGUACAUAUAAUCCCGCCAAGAAAACUUUCAUCCUGAAAAAUGUAUCGAACAAUGUUUAAAUUAUGCCCGUGGGAGACUUGCACGUUAUCAAUAGGGGUGUUUUUGUGAUGCAGUUUUACAUCAGUAAACAGUUUGCUGUAUUUGUUUGGCUACUUAGUUGCAAUAUCGCCAAUAUAUUUUAUUUUAGAUUCUGAGUGAAGCGAGAAAUGUAUUGGUUUUACAAUGAUGUUUAUUUUUUUUUAUUAUCUUUUUUUUUAAAUUAUACCAGAAAUUUUACUUCAAUGUAUCAAGUGGAACACUUUUUGAAAGAGAAUUGUAUCUAGUUGAUAUUAUAGACAGAUCAUUUAUUGAUUUCAAAGCAAAUUUCAUAAUAAUAGUGAAAAAACGUAGGAAAGACUGGGAAAAUUACUAAAAUUAUUGUUUUCAAUUUUGUUUUUUUUGUUUUAAUUUUGAAUGCAAUUAAAACGUUCGUAGAAACUUGAAAUUUGGAUAGAAAACUAAUGUUUGCGUUUUCUAAACUUAGUAAAAAUUAUAAAACAUUUGAGUUAUUUGUGAGCUAUUUAUAGACAUUUUAAUUUUGCUAGUUUUUAACGUAGUGUUUAUUUGGUAGAUACUAUGUGGAUAAAAUUGUUGGAUCAAACAGAAAUAUUUAAAAAUUUAACAGCAAAUUUAUUAUUAGUUAUACUUAGUGGUCAACAAGAGAGAGUUGAGUUUAAUGUAGUAGGUUUUUUUUUAAAUACAAAUUUUAAUAUCUCAUUUUGACUAAAAUAGUAAGUAUUACGGCCUUUAAAACAUGUAUAACCUAACUCUGCUCAGAAUUAAAUAUUAAGCUAUAUUAUUAAAUGCAUUGCAACUGUGAUUGAAAAAUCGUUGUAGUUGUAUUGUAUACGAUCAACAUUUUUCUUAGAUAUUUAUAAUAAUAUAUAUGGUGAUUUUUUAAGUUUCGACCCAUUUUUAUAAUAAAGUUAUAUAUUAAUUAAAAUUUCGAUUUUUGGAAUUGAAAUGGAAAGUGGAAGUGAAAAAAAUGAUACUCUCACUUAGAUUUUUCACGUUUAAGUGUCUUAUAAAAAAAAUUUUGGAUUUUCAAAUGUCAACCUACAUGUUUUGAUGCAAAUUGUCAAUCAAAUGAUUUUUCUGAAAAUGUUAACGUAUUGUAAUCGAAAUUUAAAACAAAAGUUUCCUUCUUAUUUACUUUAAAUACCAAAGGAUAAUAAAUGCACGAUAAAAAAAAAAAUAAAAAAAUAGACUAUACACAACUGCUAUGAAACAGUUGGAAUUAAAUCCUCGUGAAACACUAUUAUCCUUGGUAUUUAAAGCAGAAUAGCUCAGAAACUUUUCGUUCAAAUUUUGAUUCCAAUACGUCAACAUUUUCAGAAAAAUCAUCUAUUUAUCAUCAUUUAUCAAUCAUCAAUUGACAAUUUGUAUAAAAAUAUGUAGAUUUUAAUUUGAAAAACUAAAGUUUUAUCAUUAUAGAAUACUCCUUAAAUGUUGUGAAAAAUUUAAAUAUGCGAAUAUAUCAUCUUCACUGCACUUAAAAAUUCUAAAAAUCAUAAUUUGAAUUGAUGCAUUACCAUAAAAAUGGGACGAGUACUGAGCAUGCUUAAAAAUUAUCCUGUAUAUUAUAUUUUAUAUUUAUAAUAGUUUUUAAAAAUAAUCCUUAUCCCCCUUGAAAAAAUCAUUAGACCGACACUGAUGUGAAAUCGAUAUGGCGAUCGGAUGUCGUAGUCGUUGUACGUAAUAAUGUCACCGCAGCAGUUGUUCGUGUCAACGAAGUCUAUCGUCUGAAUGUGGACUGCGCGUGAGUGUGUGCUAUAGUCAUAUUAUAUUUGUCCAUCUUUAUCUAUGGUGUGUGCGAAACGAUGGUACAUCAGCCGCGGUGGCAGUGUCCUGCAGUCACCGCCUCCGUGUCGUGUCAUAGUACGGUCGACGAACGAAAACAUUAAUAAGCGGGAAAGGAGAUUUGACGGCUGUUCGUGGUCGUGCACAGAUGUCGCUACAGUCGGAGCCAAACGAUCGAAUUUUCUCUUCCAUGGUUGCAGUGCUCUGUGGCAUGUGUUCAACGUUCGUGUUGUCGUCCAUUUUACAGGCUUUUUAAUGGUGUACAUACACACGAUUACGAAUGAUAUCCCACUAAAUACGUUGACCGUUCGAUUGUUUUUUUUUUAAUUUAUUCGAUUUUGGCCGAUUGUGUGCACUACUUCUUGUCUUCUGUUCGGUGACCAACUAUCCCGUACGGCCGAACGCGAACUCGGGAUACGGCUCUGAUAAGUCGUUCAGCAAACCGGGCACGUUGACGCAAGCCGUACAGCCGUAAGUAAAAAGAAAGAACGGGCCAAAAAAAAAAUAUAUUCAUCGUCUGAUUCGUGUGCGUAUGUGAUAGUCGUCGCCGUCGUCGCCGCCGCCGCCGCCGCCGCUGUCGUCGUGGUCGUGUGUGUUCGUGUGCGUGUGUGUGUGUGUGUGUGCGCGCCGCCGUCUAGUCAUAUAAGGCUACCCAGUGGAAUUUCGUGUGUGUGCACAUGGUUUUCGGUGGAUAACUUCAGGUAAACUUGUUGAAAGAAAAAAAAAAUCCGUCGUAUUUGUUGUAAGUGUAACAGAUAGAUAUGUGCGUCGCGUUCCGCAGCUGAACCGUACUCGUAGCCGUCGAUAACAACGUGCACGUAUUUCGUUUUCUUUAAAUUACUUUUUAAAUGUUCCUACGAAAGGAGGCGACAGAAACAGGUAAGCAACGACCGUGUUAUGCUCAUCCGAACAAUUCGGUUAUUUAUUGAGAUUUUCCACGUCGUACAGAAUUGUAUGUGACCGGGAAAAAAUAAUCAAAUUGGUCGCCAUUGAUUUUCAUUAGGAUCGUGUGAUAGGCGUCUGCUGUGUAUAGGUUAACUCGAAAAGUCAUACUUACUGAUAACCUACAAAAGUAUAAUAUGCGUGCAUAACUUGGAAAGUUUUUCCAUUACAAUUUUCGCUAAUGUAUCCCAGUCCCCCUUUUGUGUUUUAAUAAGUACAAUAUUAGCGUAUCGCAAAACUCGUUUUCCGUUUUCUGGUAUGUUCCGUUUUCUACUACUACAAUCAUAAUUAUUAACACUUAUUAUUAUCACUAAUCUUGGGUUUUUUUCUAAAUUGUUGUAUUAGCUGGUAUUGUUUAAUCCUUGAUUUAAUCAUCUAUCGUGUCAUUUCGGUUAUUAAUAAUGCCUUUGUAAGUGUUAUAUAUAUUUGUUUGUUCUUGGAUCCAGUACCUACCUUUUGAUUAGCAAUUUUUAUUUUAUUGUAAUGGGAAUAAAAAUCGUUUAUGAACGGUCCACGCCCUUAUAAGUACUAUAUAUUUUAUUUUAUUUAACAUACCUCUGGCUUUUUUUUCUGUUAGAUACUUUUAUUAAUAUCCCAAAUUAAUUUUAUGGUGUCACUUCUGUCUGUAUUAUUUUUAAAUGAACAAUAAUAAAUAGUCACACGUGUAAGAAAUCACUUCCCAGUUAUUUCUGUUGGUUACUUUGUCAUUCAUUCAUUCAUUCUUAUUAUUUUCUUAUGAAUAAUUUUCACUUGUUAACUUUCCUAAUACCUAAUUGAAACAAUUAAUUGUUUUAAGUUAUUUUUUAUCUUCCUAAUGUGAUUUGAAAAUAAUUAUAAAAUUAAUAAUCAUAUGAUAUAAGCACCUAUCAAUAUUGAACUAGCAAUAUUGUCCAGUGUGCUCAAUCACAAUUUACUUGAAGUUUCUUUAUUGGGGUCAUUUAUAACUAUUUUAGGAUAAUUUAAAUGCUAUCCCAAGUUAUAUUUAGUUGUGUAGUAACUAUGAUAAGGGUCCAAUUACCAUUUAAAAAAAAAAAAAAUAAACAUUUUAUCAUUUUAUUCUGUGAUGAAUUUAGAAUAGGCACUAGGUAGGGCACUAUAUUUUUUGCAAUUUAAUUGAUUUAGUCUUGAAAUUAUUAUAAUGCCUAUAAUAAUAUUAGGUGUUUAUAUUUCAAAGAAUAUUCUUUAGAAUUAUUAUUAUUGUUAUUUUUUUACAGUUUGUGCAUAUUAUUUGUAAGUACCUAUUGUACCCAGACAGAUAUAUUAUGUACCUACCUAUAAUAAUGUGAGCUAUAUAUGACUUAUCUAUUUAAUUAAUAAAUUAUUAUUUUUAUAGUUAGAUUCAGUAGGUACUUGCCUAUGAUUAAAUUAAUUAAUUUAAGUACCUAUUUACAUUUUUAUUUAAAUUACAGUGUGUCUAUAUACCGACUACGAUCGGUAUCAUAAUAUACACCUGACUAUAGUCGGUAAGAUAAGGAACCAGCGACCAGAAAAUAAGAUCAACAUACUAUUCGCAUAAUGGGUGGGCCACUGUUGCAGGUGAGAAGUUGGGAAGGUAGGAUGUAGGGGGGAAUUUAAUGUUUAUAUGUAUGUAACAAUUAAUCAUUGCUAAUGAAAAACUAUUCUGAGCGGAGUUUGGUUCUACAUGUUAUAAAAAGCUUGGUGGUCAGUCCAGCAAUUUUAUCCACACAGUACCUAUCGUAUAAAUAUUACAUUUAGAACUAGCAAAAUUUUAAUUGUCUACAAAUAAUUCAAAUGUUUUGAAAAUUAUAUACUAAAAUAUAUAACAUAAUAGUAUAAUAAAUUAUUAUUUUUAUAUUUUAGGUAUUUAGUUAAUUAAUUGUUAAAAUUAAAUUGAUAAUAUAAAUUAGGAAACUGAUAAGAGACUGCUCCUUUACGCCACCAUUUUUUUUUUUUUUUUAUUCAAAAAUUCUCAAUUUGUAUAUUUCAAUCAUGGUUCUAAUUGUUUUGAUCUUAUUGAACCCUAGUCUGUUGUAUAUUAUGAUACUGAUCAUGGCAGGCUUAUAGACACAGCGUUUAAAAUACCUACCUAAUUACUUUGUUUACCAAUGACAGCUAUUAUUAUCUAUGGAACUUCAUAGUUCCGGUUUAAAAAAUUGGUUGCGUCAAGUUAAAUACUGGAAUUGUAAUUAUAUGCAUUUACGUUUACUAUUUUUCUACAAAAUGAUUUUGUUUUAAUCUAUCUUUUCUUUAUUAAUAAUGAUUACAGAUGACAUGUGUUGGUAGUUCAGUUCUAGAUAAAUAUAUAAUUUAACAUUCUAUGAUUGGGAUUUUAUAACAAAUCCUUUCUUAUAUGUAGGUAGGUAGAUUUUCUACUGCCCAUGAAUUCUACUGUAUUCUAAAAUUAUGAUUAAGGCAGUGAAAUUAUUGCAUUAAAAACUCACUAAUUUAAUUGCAUUAAAAUAUGUUUAAAAUUUCUUGUAUAAUUUUGUAAAAUGCUUUGAAAAAAUGUAUGUACUUAAAUUAUAAUACAAAUCCAAAUAUUGUUUCUAUUGCACAAACUAACCUAGUAAGUGUUUUUCUUUUUAGUUUUCAAAGUUGAAUAACCAAAUUUUAUUGCACAAUAAAUUCUUAUAUUGGGAGAAUUUCUUUCCUUAUUGGUGUGUACUUUAAAUAGAUUAGAUUUCUCCAUUCAAAAUUUUAAAAAUGCAAACAAACAUAUUUUUACUUAGUAUUUUUUUUUUUUUUUGUAAAAUACAAUUCCAUUUUAUAUUACACCUAUCAACAUAGAUCUUCUUAAAAUAAUGAAAAAUAGUUCAAAUUUAACCCAAAUAUAAAAUUGUCAAAAUUGCAUUUCAUUGGAAUAGUAUUUUAGUAUUUUAACAAAAUAUAUUUUAAGAUGUAGCAAAUGAAUAUAAAUAUCUAUUAAAAAAUGUAUUGAAAAAUAUUGGAAAUAAAUUUUAUAGUAAUAAUAAUACACUUAAAACUGGUGAUUAGUGGUUAGUCUGAAUAUGGUAUUUAUUUGUUUGGUGCUGUUAAAAUAUAAUAUAAUUAUAUGAAUAACACUAUUAAAUUAAAUAUUUUUAUAAUAAGAUAUUUUUUGAAAUUUCGAAUACAUAAUCUUGUCCUUUUUCGAAGCCUGUUAAAAAAAAAAUGAUUUAUAUUAUAGUUAGUUUAAAUAAAAAUAAUUUUAAUAAUCAUGUUUACAGGGUAUAUGUACAUGAAUGGGGACGUAGGGAAAAUUUCUACUGGGGUACCUUAUAAUCCUCCUGAGCCGCUCACCGUUUCUACUGCCACAAACACUUCUUACAGGUAAAUAUAAAACAUAAUUAUUUUAGAACACUUGAACAUGUUAAAUUUAAAUGCAAGUUAUUAGAACCUGAUGAUUAAUGUACUGUUCAUUAUGGUGUCGAAACUUUGCUAUAGUAUUAAAAUCUUGUACAAAUGCAUGUAUAAAUAUAUACAUUUUUUUUUUACUUUUUUGUAUGAGUGAUAAAUAUUUUAAAUAUUCAUACUAAUAUACCUAAAUUAUUUAAACUAAAAAUAUAGAAUUAUUUUAUUUUAUUUGUUAUCUUAUGCACGUAAUUAGAACCUAAUGAAAUAAAACUAUGUUUAUUAUGGUGUCGAAUCGUUGCUAUAAUAAUGAUUUAUAAAAUUCUUCUUGACAAUAAUUGUGUAAAUGUAAUAUUUUACUUUUAUAAUUUUUAGAAGAAAUAAUUUUUUUUGAAGUUAUGUUUAUAGUAUUGAAAAAUAUUGUUAGGUAAAGUAAAUAAAAAUGUUUAGUAUUUAUAUUAUAAUUAAAACAUUAUUAAUAUAUUAUAAGGUAUUAGUAAAUAAUUCCGUGUUCAAAUGAAGAUUAAUGGCAAAUGGACAUAUAUAUUUUUUAACCCGUCAUCACUCGUACAGAGUUAAUAAUGACCUCAGCUUAUUUCUAAUUAUAAUUUUAUGAUAUAUAUUGUGAAAAUAUAUAUUUGAACGUUUCUAUUGCCUUGAACAAUAUGUUUAUAGAUAUAAUGUGACCGGUUUUAUGUUAUCUUGGUUUUUUAUUUACUUGCUAGAAUCUCAUAAAGUGAUCGAUCAGCUUCAGUGUUAGGAAUUAAUUUACCCCAUGCGAAUAAUUUUCUCUGUUUCUUUUCCUUGUUUUUAAAAUUCAAAAUGUAUGAACUUAAAAGACUACGUACAGAACACUUUGAUGCAGUCAGUAAUGAUGAAGUUUGAGGUGGUGUGUCAAAUAAUAAAGAUGCUGAUGAAACACUAAUUGGAAAUAUGAAUGAUAACAAUACAGACACUGGGUCUCGUUUUUUUAAUCUAAUAAUUAAUAUUAAGGCGUUUUUAACAUUAUUAGGCUUAGCUCUUAAAAUAUAAUUUUGUUUUAUAAAAAUUGACUAGAUAAAACAAAACAAAUUAUAUACCCCGUGCGAUUAAAGGUGACAACGAAAACAGUGCGAGUGACGACGGGUUAAUAUAACUAUAUAUUUGUAUUACAUAUUUAUUAAUUUUAUUAAUACUAUUUUGUUACUUAUAUUCUAGUAUUCUAGUACUUAUAUUAAGUUGUGUAAUUUAAAAAUCUUUUUUUCUUUCCAGAAAAAAUAUGGCUUUUAGCACUUGUUAAUCAGUGUUUUUUAUGUAGUAUAUUUUAGAUAUUUCUAGGUUAUAAUAAUUUCCUUAUCAUAGAUUUAGAAAUAUCAAAUUUAUAAUAAUACUAUUGGUUUAAAAGUGUAAUAUCUAUGGUAAAAUAUUAAGUACUUUUAUAUCUAUUUCCAACUGGCUAAUAGAUCCAGCUAAUUUAAUAUAUUUAGUAAAUUAAUAUUUUUUAUUAAAUAAUAUUAAAGUGAUUGUUUUAUCAUAUAUAAAUAUAGUUAAAUUAUCAUUUUAAACAAUUUAUCAUAAUUUUAUUCACCAGCUUAUUUAAAUAGUUAGUUAAAUAUUAUUUAUUUUAAGAUAAAUCCCUAUUUUAUUUAAAAAUAAAAUGUGUAGAUGUAUAUGUGUGUAAUAUAAACUAUUUAAUAAUUUCUAGUUCCAUAAAUGGAAGUUAUGAAGUGUCGGUAUCGGAUAGUAGAAGCGGUGCAACAAUUUUAACUGGAAACAAUAGCAUAAUGGUGAAUGCUGAGACUUCUACUGAAAAUAUGCCAAUACAAUCUGUUGAACAACUCAAACAACUUUUAUCAAAUCAGUUAGAAUAUUAUUUUUCAAGGUAAAUUUAUUAUAUAUGUGACAUAAUACUUUGUGUUUAGUAAUAAUUACUUCCAAUUAUAAAUUAUGUUUUAUUUUUUUAUUCCAUUAGAGAAAAUUUGGCUAAUGAUGCGUACUUAUUGUCACAAAUGGACAAUGACCAAUAUGUGCCAAUAUGGACAGUUGCCAAUUUUAAUCAAGUAAAAAAAUUAACUAAAGACAUUAAGCUGAUUACUGAAGUACUGAGAGGUAAGAAUUAUAUUAUCAUUUUUUAAUCACAUAGUAUUUUAAUAAUCUUUAUUGUCAUAUUUAUUAGAAUCGCCAAAUGUGCAAGUAGAUGAUGAAGGUUUAAAAGUUCGCCCAAAUCACAAACGUUGUAUUGUUAUCUUGAGGGAAAUUCCUCAAACUACUCCAAUUGAAGAUAUAAAGGUUUGUAAAAUAAUUUAAUUUUAAACUUAAAUUUUUAAUUAUUUAUUUUUUAAUUUACCUUACCAACAGAGUUUAAUCUCAGAUUUAAUUAUUAAAAUAUUUAAACAUACAUUAUAGUAAUAACAAUAAAAAUAUUUGGUUUUUGUUAAUUGUUUAGGUAAUUAUGAAUUUUUUUUUUUUAAACUGAAGCAUUAGAUACAUUAAAUUAUUAUAUUUUUUUAAAAAUUACUAAUACAAAAAAGAAUUUUGAUUGAACAGCUAAUAUUUGUGAUUUUUAGGGAUUAUUUGCUGGUGAAUCAUGUCCUAAAAUGAUAUCAUGUGAAUUUGCUCACAAUAAUUCAUGGUAUAUCACUUUCGAAAAUGAUGAAGAUGCACAAAGAGCCUUUUUAUAUUUACGUGAAGAGGUCAAAGAAUUUCAGGUUUGUAAUUAUUGAUUAGUACAUUAAAUCAUAUUUUAAUUUAAAAUAAAAAAAAUAACCUAUUAUACUUCCCACAAUGGGCAUUUUCCCCGUUUUCACAAUUAUUAUGGAAAAUUUAAAAAAUGACUUCAAUAUAUCACCCCAGUAAUACAUCCUUUCAGAAAAAGUACUACACUUGAAAAUCUGAGCAAAAUUUCUAAUAGAAAAUUGUUCACAGAUGAAAUAAAACAUUGUAAAACCAAUACUUUCCUCACUCAGCUCAGCAUGUAACAGGUUUUGCCCAAAAUAAAUUUAAGAACCUUAAAUUUAAACAUAUUUUGAUACAAAAAAAAAUCACAAUUAUCUCAUUCAUGUAAAAGACAUUUGUACAGUCAACCGUCUAAAAAAAAAUAUAUAUAUAUAUAUAUAUUGUCUGAUAAAAAAAAUCAAACAAAUUUGGUUUUAAUUUGCAAAAAGUAGAAGAUAAUCUUCCAAAUAAAUAAUCAACUGAGAAAUGGUUGAAUUCUACACGAAAAAAUUAAAAGUAAACAUUUUACUGAUCACUAUCAUAACUCAUAUUUAUAGCUGUAGUUUUAGAAAAAUCAAAUCACAAAAUGAUAUACUUACUUCCACUAAUAAUGAUUUGUAUUGAUUAUUAUUUAUUACAUGCAUUGCCAACUGCAGCAAUAUCUUAUGAUAAAAAAAAUGUGUUAAACCGGUUUCACACAAUUUGUGUUCUCUAUUUUGUAUACAAUUUAUUUAUAAUGGUAGAUUUAAAAUUAGAUUCAAGUCUGUAAAAUCUAUCCAUUUAUAAUUGUAAAUCAAUGUGCAUUAUUUUUCAUGAUUAGAUAUACUUUAAAUGAUUUAUUUUAAUUAUUAAUUACAUGUACUAUCAACUGAAGCAAUAUAUUUUUAUUUAUAACUUAUAUUUGAUACUUAAUUUGAUAAGAUCUUUUAUAAAUUUCUAGAAUAAUAAUUUAACUUAUGAUGAUAAUUGUAUACCAAUUUUAUGAUUUUGAGUGAUUUUUAAUUACAUGCACUACCAACUGAAGUAAAUAUUUUAAAAUUUAGGGUUUUUGUCAUGGAAAAAAUUUAAAAUAAUGCAUAUGAUGAUUAUUUACACUUAAUGAUUUAUGUUGAUUAUUAAUUACAUGCACUACCAACUGAAGCAUUAUUUUUCUAUUAUUAACUCAUAUUUGAUACCUAAUUUAAUAAGAUCUUUUAUGAAUUUCCAGAAUAAUAAUUUAAUUUAUGAUGAUAAUUGUACACCAAUUUUAUGAUUUUGAGUGAUUUUUAAUUACAUGCACUACCAACUGAAGUAAAUAUUUUAAAAUCUAGGGUUUUUGUCAUGGAAAAGUAGAUAUUUAUUGAUUUGAUUUGGUUUUAAAUUUUUAUAAUUUGAAAUAAUGCGUGUGAUGAUUACUUACACUUUUAAUGAUUUAUAUUGAUUACUAAUUACAUGCACUACCAACUGAAGCAUUAUUUUCUAUUAUCAAUUUAUAUUUGACAUUUAUUUUAUAAGAUCUUUUAUGUGUUUCGAAAGUUCAAUUUUGUUUGAGAAUAAUCAUUUAAUUUAUAAUCACUUACCAAUGUUAUGAUUUUUAGUGAUUAUCAUUACAUGCUCUACCAACUGACAAAUAUUAUUCAGCUUUUGAUUUUUGAUGACUAGGGUUUUUAUUAUUAGGUGAGAGUUUAUAUAUAUAUUAGUUUAAACAUUCACUUGUUCAGCAUUUUUAUAAUUAUAAAUUAUACUUGUGGUACUCACAUUUUUAAUGAUUUAUGAUUUUUUAUCUUAUUCACCACUAUUACCUGAUGCUUUUUUUACUAUUUGUAUUUGAUAAAAAAUUAAUACCAAUAAUACCAAUACAUAAUAUUAUGAUUUAUUUUUGUCCGAUUUACUUAUGAUAAUAAUUUAUUGUAUGGCUAUUAAUGACUGACUUAAUAUUAUGCACCGCCAACUGAACUAAAUUAUUUAUUUAAAAAUUUUGAUUAUCAUAUGAGUGGGUUUUUUUUUAUAAUUUAAAAAUUGUGUUCAAAUUUACAUGCAAUUUUUAAUGUGAUUAUUUUUGAGAAAUUCAUUUAUUUUAUGUUAAGUCUUUAUCUUUUGUAUAGUAAGUUUAAAAAUCUGAUUCUAAUUUAUAUAAUCGGCCAAUUCCAAAUAGUUGUGUUUAAGACAAAAGAAAGGCAGUUCCAAAUCUAUGUUAUUAUUUUGAUGUUUACUUGCACUUAGAAUAAUUUUAUUGAUUCUUAAACUUAAAAGUGUUUGUUUUAUUUUGUAAAUUGAUCAAUGAUUUUUUCUAAACUGAUAUAAAUAUAUUCCAAUGAAGUACUACUUAGUUAUGGUAGUAUCUAUACAUUUAAACUAUAAUACAAGGCCACAAAACUAUAAUGUAUAAUAAUAAUUGAAUUAUUAUUUGUAAUGAUAACUGACACUCAAAAGAUUUAUGUUGUAUAUUUGUUACAUAUACUACCAACAGAAGAUUCUAAUACUCUUUUUAUAUUUGAUAUAAAAUAAAAAAACAUACAUACUUGCAUGUAGAUGCAGUAACUGUUGUGGGUGAGAAGUUUUGAAGGUAGGAUACAUAUGGGAAUUUAACUAUGAUUGUUUGAAAAAGAUUAAAAUUAUAAAAACUUUAUAACAACAAAAAAUAAAUAAAUGAUUGCCAAUGUCAACCUUUUUUUUUUAAUCUUUCAAUCUAUUUUAACUUAAAGAACCCGGUUUUCCUCAUUAUCUCGAAUAUUACUGAGAAUUUCAAAAAAAGUGCUAUAGUCAUUGAUAAUCAGAGUAAGCUUUCUGGUAUUAUGAUAUUCAAACAUUUGUAUAAACUAUUUUUGUUUCGAAUGAUACUUACUGUAAAAAUUAUAAAAAAAAAAAAAAAAUUAUUAUUAUAAAUAUCCUAAAAACUAUUUAUUUAAUGUUUUAUGUUUAAAUUUUACAUUGAUUCACAUGCUAUGGCUCUGCAAGAAUUUUCAAAAAUUUAAAUAUUAAAGAAAUUCAUCAUAAUGCAGUUAUUUUUUCUAAUUUUAUGAAUAUCUUAAAAAUAUUUUAGUUUUACUAAAUAAUAAUAAUACCUAACCUAACUGAACAAUUUUUCUUAGAACCUUUUUUGUGUUUGCAUUGAUUGAUUAUUGUGUAUGGAUACAAAUUUAAUUUGAAUACAUCCUACCAUCCUAGCUUGUCAUCUUCAAUACCCCUGAACAUCCAUUCGCAGUAUUGCCUUUUUAAAAUUGUUAUAAUGUAUUUACAUUAUAGAAGAAUUAUUAUUACAUUAGGUUAUACAUGUUCAUAUUUUUUACUCAAUUGUAAAAUGUUGUAUUUAUGUUUGUUUAGGUCUCAUUUGUAUCUAUAUAUAUAUAUCUGUGGUUGUUACAAGAAAGGCUAAUGUAAAAAAAUAAAUAAAAAAUGAUUAUUGAAAAUUGACAGUUAAUAAAAUAUAUGUAUUUUUAAAAAUUUGAUGUAAUCCAUAAUUAUGUAAUACUUUCUUUUUUCUUUUUUUUUUAUUGGUUUUUUUACCUAGUCAGAUAUAUUUUAUAGACCAGUGGUCUUCAAAUAGUGGGUCGGGUAAUCUUUAAAAUUUGAUCGUGAUAAUUUUUCCUUUUAAAAUUUAUACAAUUUAAUUUAAUUUAAAGUUUAUACAAUUAUAUAAGGUAUAAGAAUUAUUGUUUAAUUAUUAAACUUAGAAAAUUAAUAAAUAAAAAUACAGUUUAAAAAUUAUUGUAAUAUAUUAUGUAUAAAUAAUUUUGUAUUAUAUUAUAUUUUAACGGACAUAAAUUCACAGUAUAUGUUUUAUAUACUGAUAUAAUUCUUCAUAGUAUGACAUUGAGUAUAAUAAUUUACAAUUAGACCGGGCUAGUAAAAAAAUUAAUAUAUUAUUAUAUUGUUUAAAGAAUCCUAUCUAUGAACAUUAUCGAUGUUGUUGCUGUGUUUAAAGACACAAUAUUAUAAAUGUUAGUCACGUUAUUAUACUAGUCAUAUUUACGAAUCCGUUAAACAAUUUUUUUUCGUUUAUUUCGUCAGCAAUUUAAUUUUUAUUUAUUCAGUUAUAAUAGUAGUACUACAAAGUAUUAAGUAAUUUUAGAUUUUUUUUUGUUUUUCUACAAAUUAUUUCUUUAGGUGUGCAAUCGGCCUUAUGUGGGUCACGAAAAAUGUAUGCCUAAAAAAGUUGGUCGUGAGUCUAAAAAGGUUGAAGACACUUCGACAGUCUGGAUUGUCCAAUCACAAUCAUAUAAAUACUAAAAUGAAACUUAUACAUUUAACUUAAAUUAUUUUUAAAUUUAAUUUAAUAUCUUGAAAAAAAUCUUGAUUGUACUUAUUUGCUAAUUCUAAAAUUGGCGAAGAAAAUAUUUAUAAUAAAAAAAGUAGUUUGUUGGUCUCUUAUAUAAACUUUAAAAAUAAUUAUUAUACCAAAUUAUUUAACAUUUAUGCCAAUCUGUCGUAAAGCAUUUUAAACACUAUUCAAUUCAUACUUAAAACAAUGGUUUAAAUGAUUACUUGUCCUUUUAAUAAUUUGUAUUGAAUAUUUGAUACAAAGUUUUAUGCGUUUCUAUAAAUAGUGUAAUUUUUCUUUGCCUGUCUGCAAAUGAAAUUAUUGUCAAUUAAAAUAUAUUGUUAGAUUAGUAAACGUACAAAUGCCUUACUGUAAGUCACCCAGUCAAUUCAAUCUGUAGGUAUCAGUAUAUUUUUCUAUUCAAUGUAUUUAAAUAUCAGCAAUCUCUAUUAAAAACGUAAAUCAAAUUAUUCCUUUUAAUAGCCUUCAAAAUACAGUUUUAUUAAAAAUAAUGUAUUUACCAUUAGUAGUAUAGAAAUAAAAGACUAUUAAUAAUAUUUUGGUUCAAUUUACUUGUGAUGAUAAUUGUUACAUUUUAUGCAUAGUAUUUUUACAAUUUGAUCUGAAUCCAUAUAAUUAUAAACUAAUGCUUGUUAUUAUUAUUUAAUCUUUUAAUGAUUUAUGUUUAUUAUUUAUUACAUUCACUAUCAACUGAAACUAUUCAGUUUCUACAUUCUUAGCAUUCUUUAGCUUUUAAUAUUUUAUCGGAUACUAAAUUAAUAAGAUACACUAUAAGUUACUUUUGUUUAGAAUUACUUAUAAUGAUAGUUUGUCAUUGUUAUAAUAAUAUAAGUUCUUUGUGAUUAUUAAUUUCGCACAUAAUCAACCAGUUUGUAACAAUUUACUAUAUAAUUCUAUUUUUGUCAUAUUCAAAAGUGUAACAGUAUCAUAACAAAAAUUAAAAAAAUAAAUUGUACUAGCCCUCCAAAAAUUUAAAUUUAUUUUAUAAAGAAUGUAUUUACUGGGAAUCAUACGAAUGGUGGUUUUUUUUUUUUUUUUUUUUUUAAAUAAUUUAAUUAAGAAAUCAAAGUUGCAAAAAAAUUAUGUGAGAUCCAUAGUAAUUAAUCUUAUUUAUACAAUGAAAAAGAUCCCUUUGUUUUAAAAUCAACCACAUAGUCUCAAUCAUUUAAAUACGGAAUGUUUUUUGAUUGAUAUAUUCACUUAAUUAUUAUUAUUAUAUAUUUUUUUUUACAAACAAUUCUAUCAUUUCUUUGUGUACAAUAUACCUGUUGCUGAUUUUAAAAUUAUUUUCAUAUUUAUUUCAUGCUGUAGGGUCGACCGAUAAUGGCACGUAUUAAGGCAAAACCAAUGAAUCGCAUGGCAGCACCAAUAUCACCCAGUGCUGUUCCUGGAAUGCCCGGCAUGAAAACUGUGAAUGGUUUUAGUAGAACUCCGCCAAUGCAAGCUCAAACUAUUAAUCCUUAUAUAGAUCAAGGUCCUGGUGUUGCAACUACUGGACCACCAGCACCUCCUCCACAACAUCCUCAAGCCGCCAGAUUGUUUUAUACAAAUGGAGGACCAGCUCAGUACGCACCAGUCAAUUAUGCUGCUAAUCUGCAAGUAUAUGUAAGUAUAUCUGAUUAUUAUAUUAUUUUUCACCUUAGGUAUAUUAAUCAUAUCAAAAUAUUUGAUGUUUUCGUUCAGAAAAAUUAUGUAGAAUAUUAUUACUAAGUUACAGCAGCAGCAACAGUCUCCAUAUUACCCAACAAAUAUGAUUCAACAUUGGGCUCAUCCUGCUACAGGUGCCUAUUAUACAACUGAUCUUAGUGGAAUAUUUUCUGUAAAUGGAUUGACUCCACAAGGAACUUAUACUAAACCUCAGAAUUCAAGAUAUAAUGUUCCACGUGCACCGUAAGUAGUUUCUCUUAUUUUUUAAAAAAUAUACCUUGAAUAUAUUAAUGUUCCCAAAUAACGAUAUUGAUGAACUAGUGGUAGGAGCACCGGGAAAAUGCGUCAUAAUUCUGUCAGCGGUACUGAAUAUUAUCGAAGUUCUGCUUCAGAUAGUGGUUUACCAUCUCGCCCUGGUUACACAUCUAAUGGAAGUUUAACCAAGUCAUCUAGUAGUAGUGGAUCAUUACAUAUUUCUAAUGCUACUAGAAAUUAUGUUGACAAUCAUGACUCUAACAUAGUAGAUAGGCAAUCUAGCGGAACAAUCAACAUCCCAAAAGAUGCCACAACAUUGCCACCAAGGUAUUUAUAUAAUUUUACCUUCUAAUAUUCUCUUAAUCUAAAAUAAUAACAUUUUAAAUUAGUAAUUUAUUAUGUUUCAUAAGCAAUUUGUGUCAUAAUUCAAUUUUUAUAUAAAUUGACUGAUUCAAGUUAUAGUAUAUAGUUAAUUUUUAGAUAGUGAUGUACAAUUGACACGUGUAUUAUGUAUAUACUUAAAAAUGUGUUUCUUGAUAAUAUUUAUUUUAUUUUCUCGUUUAAUAUAUUUAAAUAAUUUGUUUGUGGAAAAAUAAGAAGCCAUCCACGCAUAUCUUGCUCCAUUCUGAAUCCAAAAUAGUUACUAUUUUUGCUAUAAAACUAAAUAUAAAUUAUAUUUGUGUAUACAAAUAAUUACAUAAUUAUAUUAUGUAUACAAAUUAAGAAUGCAAGAAACAAAUGGUACAACAAAAAAUGUCACACUGCAGCUAUGAAAAUCAGCAGGGCUGAAGAAAAGUACAUGAAUAAUGGCAAAAAGCAUACUCCCUAUACAAAGCUGAGCAAGAGAUUUAUCCAAAGAGAGAAAAGGAAAUAUUUCAACAUAGUAUUACAAAACUCAGAAAAUGACCAUACUCCAAGGAAUGUUUGGAACUUUUUCAGUACCAUCAAGUAAUAUCAAAACUGGAAUAGACAAAUUAAUGUAUUUGUAUUAAUGCAACUUGGAGCAAAAGCUUUAAGAUGUAAGGAGUACUUUGUAAAUCGUUUAAAUUAAAAUAAACUGAUACCUCACAAUGAGUACCAAAGAGCAGAGCGCGAGCUACACAGGUACGGAAGAAAAUAAUUGUACAAAGCCUUUUACAAUGUUUGUCGAGAGAUUUGGAAUCAAGAACAAAUGCCGGAAAGCAGGUUUAAUUAUUGAUUUCAAUAAUUACAGAAGCACAUUCCUCUUUUGAGCUCAGCAUGUAAGAUCUUCUCUAAAAUAUUUUUGACUCUCCUCUAUCCGCACAUAGAUUUUCGGGAGAAUACCAAUACAGAUUUCAGAAGGGUAGAUCGACAACUGAACAGUUAGGGCAAAAUCUAAAAGAAGUAUGAAUACUAUAUUUGUUGUCUUCAAAAAAUUGUGACAUACACAGAGAUAGUUUAUAUAUGGCAUAAUGAAUAACUUUAGUUUCCAGUAAAUGAAGCUAAUAAAAAUGUGCACGAAAGAAGUUGAAUACAGGGUGAAAAUUGAUAACAUGCUGUCAUCACUUAUCACGAUGGAUACAAGAUUGAAACAAGGCGAUUUGGUGUCAUAGUAUUAUUCAACCUAGCUUUUUGGAGAAAGUUGUGUAAGAGAACUGCAAGUUUGUGAAGAUGGUAUUCGAAUAAAUCGUUAGGAAUAAAUUAUUCCAACUUUGCAAAUGAUUUUCUAGGCAAAAUUUAGAAGAUACAAUGAUAGCAACUAGAUUCCUGGCCAUUGAAGAUAAGAAAAUAGGUUUUCAAUAAAUUAAUGACAAUAAAACCAAAAUAAUGGGACUACUUUAAAGUGACUGAGAGAUUUCUAUUGACUUAAAGGACGGCAUUUAGCAGCCACGCUUUAUAUGCUAAAUGUGGCCGCUGAGUACCGUUCUUAAAGUGAAUAGAGUAUAAAAUAGUUAAUGUAUAAAAAUGUAGAAGACAUUAAGUGUCUAUGUGCAAUUCUAAAUACUAUUAUACAUAGGCCAAUAUAAACAUAUGGUUGCAAAACAUAGACAACGAACAAACUAAACAAAUGUUGAGGGUGUUAAAAAACAAAGUAUGAAGAAGAAUAUACAGCCCUGUCUAGGAUGAAGCAAUAUAUAAUUGGAGAAGAUAUAAUAACUUAUAAGGAGCUAUACAAUAUAGCUGAAGUAGCGUUAAUGACUAGUUUUAUCAAAAGACCAAGGCCACAAUGGCUUGGAAACAUCGAGAAGAGGAGAAAUGAUUAUAGUAAAAAUACUAAUGGAAAUCACUUAGGGAAGACCUAGGAAAAAGUGAAUUUGUGUGUAGUCUAAGAAGAUUUAGGAUGUGGAACAUGUGGAAAUUAAUGGUGCAAUACAGGACAUAAUAUUGUACAGGCGGCAACAACUCUCAGAGUUGUAAAAGCCAGAAGAAGAAAAUAUAUCAAAUUACUUUAGUAUUAAAUUAAUUUAUGUUGUUUUAGAAAUUCAUAUUAAUCCUUUUUUCGUUUGUUAUUAAUUAAUAUAGAUAUAGGCGAAGGAAGAAAGAAGAUGAAAUAAUAGGAACAGAAGUAACCACAGCUACUAUACCCCAACAACCUUCUGGAUCGCAAAGUUUUGAUUUGGCAGCUGAUGCUUUUCCUCCUUUACCACCUCAAGUUGUAUCCAUACCACAUCAGUCACCAACUUCACUGUCUCAUGACCAGCUGUCACCUCGUAAUAAUUUUGAUCCUAGGUAAUAACGAAAACCUGUCUUUAAUUAUUUAUUUUAUGGCUAAGUCAAUUUGAAGUAAAAUAUUAAUUUGUGUUGUUAUAAUAUUUUUGAAAGAUUUAUGAUGAAAGAAAAUUAGGAUUUUUAAAUAUUAUUUAAGCAAACAUUAUUAUAGAUUUAGGAAGAUUUUUUUUCUUUUAAAAAAUACUGGUUAUAUGUGCUGAGAGCAAGGUGGUUGUAAAAUUGAAUAUCUUAAUAAAAAUAAAUCUAUCAUGUGCAAUGUCCUAGAACUAAUUAUCCAAAUCCUCAAUUAGUUUUAAAUUCACUUUUUAUUUAAAUUUGUAUUAAUCCAGUUUUGAUAUUACAGGGUUUCUAUAAUUUCAUCAUCGAGUAUGUCGGUGGUUUUGCCUGAACUCUCUGUGCCUAAGACUGAAGAUAUACCCCCAACUGUGAAUUCAGAGAGUCUAACAAAUUGUGUACAAAUAAUGCUACCACCUGUUACUGUUCGGUCUGUACCUGUCACUACAAUUGUUGAUGAUAUAUCGAAUAUGUCUCUGAGCUCUGUAAAUUCACAUCCAAAGGUUUUUAUUAAAAAUUAGUUUAAAAUAUUUGGUUGUAAUUUAAAUUAAUUAUUGUAUUUUUAGGUUCAGGAUAUUGUUACAACUUCAAAUUCUAUAAUAAAUCCUACAGAUAAGACUGUUAUGCCAGCGAAACCUGACAUUAUAACUACUAUGCCUAAAGCCAAUGGUUCAUCUCUUAAUACUAAAUCAAAUGUACCAAAUCAUAAGGCUGCAUUGCCAUCACAAUGUUGUGUUAUCCCACAACCUCCUGCUACAUUUUCUGCAGAUAUGGCUAAUAAUAACCCUGUAAUUAAUGGGAAUGGUUCCCCAAAUAUUGGUCAUAAACUAAGUUAUGCACAAGUAGCUCAACAUCACAAAGAAAGGAAUGAAAGCCAUAUUCCUACCACGGUUAUCACGGUAGGGCAAACUACUAUUGCUGAGGAAGAAAAGAAAGAAGAAAACAUACCAAUUGUAACACCCCAAUCAAAACAAUCAAAUCUUCAACCAGGUACUAAAAAGUGUUAUAACUAUAACUAAAUAACCUAGUAGUUGUCAAUAUUGAUAUCUAAUAUCAUAACAUAAUAUUAAUAAACACAGCAUAUUGUAGGUUUGUACUAUUGGCCAGUCAAAUCUUUUUUAGUUAAUUGCUCACAUAUAUAUUUUAUUAUAAUUAUUAAUUAAAAAAGGGUUUACACAUGGGUGCCACUGUUGUAGGUGGAAAGUUAAGAAUGUAGGAUACAGACGGGAAUUUAAUGUAUAUGUAAGCAACAAUAAACUAUUACUAACGAACAAAAGAUUCUGAGCAGAGUUUAGUAGAUAGUGUUGCUUUUUCAAUAAUACAAUAUAUGGUAUAUAAAAUAUUCUAGUAAAAUUAUUACAACAAUGUCAGUUUCCAUGACAACAAUGAUUUUUUUAAAAAGAUUAGAAUAAUAUAAAUUAAUAAUAACAAAAAGUAAAUAAACGGUUGCCGAUGACAACCUUAUUUUUAAUUAUUCAAUCUUUUUUUACCUAAAGACCAAAAUUUUCCUCAUUAUCUCGAAUAUUAAUAAGAAUUUCAAUAAAUGAUCUCUGAAGUACCACCCAGAGACAAUUUCCUAAAGUGCUAUACUUCAUUAUCUGAGUAUGCUUAUUGGUAGAAAAACUGUUUACAUCAAUAAAAAGCUAAUACAUUCCUUGUUCCACUCAAAAUCUAAAAUGUAUAAAAUAAUUUUAUUCUUGAAACUAAAAUGCAUUGUAAUUGUCUACAAAGUGGGAAUAUUAAAUAAACACAAUAACAAAAUGUUAAAAUAUUACAAAAUAGUCCGUAUUCAUCAAUUACUUACAAAACCAGAAAAUACUAAAUAAUAAGUACAUUGUAAUUAAUAAAUUAUAAACAUUGUAUUUAAUUUGAUUUCAGUUAAAUUUAUUGUCAAUUAACUAGACUUUGACUGGUAAACUUGAAUAGAUAAAGUAAUCAGGAUGUGUGAAAGAUUCCCUGUUUACUAUGCUUCAUGAAAUAUCUUUUAUAAUGUUUUUAAUGGAGCAAAAUUACUGGGUAAAAAAAUAUCUAAACCUUGCAAAACUAAAAUGCAAUUAAAAAAAUUAGAGUCAUUGUGCAAAACAGAAAAUAAAAAUUUCCUACACGUUUUUACUCACUCACUAAUAAUUGUCAAAUUUUUUUAGAUUCAAGUAGAGCGAGAAAUUUAUUGGGUUUACAAUAAUGUUUAUUUUUCUUUUCUACAACAAUCAUCUACCAACAAUUUUGCUCCGAUUUCCAAUGAUAGCACUUUCUCUGAAAGGGAAUCUGACUGGGGUGAUACUUUAUAGAAAUCAGUUUUUGAUUUUCCCAAUAGUGUUCAAAUAAAUAGGGAAAAUAGAUACUAUAAUUAAAAAAAAUAUAUAAUGCAUAUGUAAUUAUUUUACCGUAUUGUUGCAAAGCAACACUACUAACCGAACUCUGCUCAGAAUUUUUUUUGUUAGCAAUGGUUAAUUGUUGAUAUACAUUAAAUUCUCAUACAUAUACAGGCGAGCUGAUAUACUAGAUAUCCGUAUUUUAGGUAACAAUUAGUAAGGAAUUAAAUUUCUUCAUCAAAUGUUUUUUUGUUUGGAGUUCAGAUAAAGAAAAAUUUUGAAUAACAAAAUGUUGAUAACUGAAAUAACUUUUGUUCCAUUCAUUAUUUUUAAUAGUUUUUUUUUAAAUAGUAUGUCUGCUCUACAGUUAUUUCAAUUAUGAAGUCAUCGUGGGACACCUAUAUAUUAAGUAUACAAUAGUAUACACAAUUUUUGAAAUCUUAAUAUUUUUUUUUAGAGCAUAUACUGCUAAUGUACAGUGUAAUAUAUAAAAUAUUAAAAUAAUUUAGAAUUAAUUUAUGGGGUGGUUUUUUUUUUUUUUUUUGAGCACAUUUUAAGGAGAUAACUGGUGAUUUUUAGGCCAUAACAAUAGAUUUUUUAAAUGAUAAUAAUUUAAUAAUAGUAAUAAUUUUUUGCAUUUAGAAGAAAAAUACAAUGUAAGUAAAUGAUUGUCUCUCCAAAAGCCUAGACUUAUAGAUAAAGUUUUUAUCUGCCUAAAAUUAUUAAAAUUUCAGUUCCCAAUCUUUUAUUAGCUGAGUCCCAAAAAUUUUAUAUAAAAGUAUUUAUGCUUCUAAAAAAUAUUAUAAUAAUCGUAUUAAUUGAAAUCAUAAUUUGUAUUAAACUAGAUUAUUUAUUUUAACUACUGCUUGUCAUAAUAAAAUAUUUACCUACUAUUAAAAGUUAAUAUUUUAAUGAUAUCCCUGCUAUACACUUUCUGUAAAUUCUUCAAUAUUAAAAUGAAUAUUAUGUGAAAGUUCACAUCAUAUAUUAUCAACUUGAAGGAUCAAGACCAUAAAAAAAAAUGCAGAAUUUAGAAUACUACUGUCCUAAGAAAAAACUGAGUAAAUUGAAAGAAAAAUGAGAUUAUACUAGAUAAACAUGUAAAACUAUAUAAUAUUAAACGUAAUUCCGUAUAAUCUCAUUUUUUUGUUUCGAUUCACUCAGUUUUUUCUUAGGACUACAGAAUACAUGUUUUAUACAAUACUGCGUUAUAAUCCAUUCCAGCCCUAAUUAAUACCUCUGUGUAUUAGCUUGUAUAAUAUAUAUUGAUAGUUUAAAUUCUCUCUAUUUUUUAAUUAUUUAUUUCAUUUUCUUGCUAUAAAUCAGUUCUAAUCAUAUUUACUUGCACUAUAGUAUUAUUUCUUAUAUAAAAUAUUCUGGAUUGUAAUAUAGGUUUAGGUAAUGUAUGUAAAUAUAUGUGUUCAUUGAAUGGAAACUUCUCAAGGUAGCAAAUAUCUUUGUUCUUGUCAUAGCUUAGAUUAUAUAAAUUGUCACCAACAUAGGUAAUUAUGUAACUUAUGAGUUUCUGGAUUAUAGAAAACUUAAGUUGAUCUGGUGCAACUUAUUCCAUAUUUAUCCAUAGAUAUUAGAUACAAUAUAUAGCAAUGGUAAUACGUUUUGUGACUGCACUUAUAAUAUAUGAUAUAAAAUAAUUAUUUUUAGACUUAAUUUCAUCUUAGUACAGCCUAUUAAAAGAAGAAAUUAAACUUGGAACUUUUGAAAGUGAAAUUGUAUAAUUUAUUUUUAUUUUCUUAUGUAAACAAUUGUAUACAGCAAUAUUGCCCUUUUUAAUAAAAUAAGUUUUAGAUAAAAGUUUUUAUAAUUUUCUGCUUUUUUUUUCUAUAGAUGUUCCAAUAACAAAUCGGUCUGGUAAAGGACAUAGAGCUUCAAAUAGUGACCGGGGAACAACACCUAGGAAAGAAAGAUCAUCCAAAUUCAAUCAUAAUAAAUCACCAAAGUAAUGUUUUAUAAGGUUUGAGUUUUAAUGUAACUCAACUUAUAAAUAACGAUUAAGUAAGUAAACUUAUUUAAAUUAUUUUAUCUUUUGACCUUUUCAACCUUUUUUCACAUAUGGCAUAAGUACUAAUAUCAUUUAAUUAUUAUAGUACAUUUAAUUUUGAAUAUUUUUAUUGUUUUUAGUUACAAUAAUUGACUUAAGUUUUUUAAGCAUAAGGGUUUUAUUUAUGGAUAAUUUUUCAGUAUUAAAACCAACACCAAAUCACUACAAGUAUGGCAAAUUAUAAGAUAAAGGACUGGAUGGUAUCAACCCAAAAAUUUAACAUUAUUUUAUUGUUAGGGUUAAAACAUCAGUGAUGGAUACAUAUAUUCCCUGUCUUACUCUCAUUAUAUUCUAACUAUGUCCAAAUUAUUAUGUUUAUUGUUAGUGUUUUUACAUAAGUUAUUUAUCUUACGAUUGUUUCCUUUGAUAAAAAAAAAAAAAAAAAAAAUACAUAAAGCAAAACAACUUUAAAACUAAAUUAUCUAGCGAUAUAUACAAAUACAUAGAUAUACACAUAUUUAAUUAUGUAUAUAUUAAAAAUUUAAAUAACAAAACUGUGAUAAAAAAAUUAUACAUUAACAUUUUGAAGUUAUACCUGUAUGCAAUACAUUCAUACAUAUUAUAUAUUUUACCUUGAAUUAUUUAAUCUCAUAAUUUGCAUUGACAUUGUUCAAUAAUAAAUUUAAUUAAAUAUUCAAUGUUACAGUUUAUAUUUUAUUUUAGUAAUUUCUCCACAAUUACUUUCCAAUUCCUUUUUAAAUUUUAGUAAGCUUAUAAUAUUAUAUUUAUAUAAUAUUAUUCUGCUUAAUAUCAAGUUUUCAGCUGCAGUAUUUAUUUUUUGACAUAAUUUAAUGUUUGUUAUUAUAUUUAUUAUAUAUAUAUAUAUAAAUAUACAUGUGUGUAUGUGUGUGUAAAAAAAUAAUUAAAUUUGUGUGAUGAGUUGACUGAUUAGGUUUGAACAAAAUUUAAAAGCUUUAUCGUGGUUUAGUAAAACUCAAAGUUAAUACAAAGAAAAGUAAUUAUUUUGUUUACAUUAGAUUAUCACAGUAUUGUUAUGUCAUUUGAUUCAAAUAAUUUAUUAUUAAAAAACAGAAUGCCUAUUUAUAAAUAUUAUAUAUACAUACUUAUAAGCAAUGUUGUUUUGUUUUGUCUUCUGUUUUAAAUUAUCUUAUGCAAGUAAUUUUUAUUUCUGUAACUAUGCGAUAUUAUUUAUUAUGUCACACUAAAUUAUUCUAAUUUUGAUUGUAUUUUUUUAGAUUAAAAAGAUAUGUUAAAAUCAUUAAAGAAACAAUAUGAUAGAUUUGUUAUCCAUUAAUGGACCAAUUAAAUUUUUUUUUAUGUUCUUAUUUAACUUUUUCAUUUAUAGUUUAAUUUUCAUUGAUAUAAAAAAAUGUAUAAGAGUAGAAAUUUCUAGUUGCAUAAUGUAAUGAAACACCUAGUAACAUAAUUUUUGAUCCUACCAUGUUUAAGAUAAAGCUAGCUUAUUUUAAAAUAUGGAUUAUAAUAUAAUAUACAUCACAUUUCCCUUGUAAAAGAAAAAAAAACAUUUUUAUUAUUACCAAUUAAAUUUUGUUUAUAUGUCUUUGGAACAGAAUAAAAUUAAAUUUAAAAAAAAAUAUAUAUAUAUAAUAAAAAAAAAAAAAAAAAAUUAAAAAAAUUAAAAAUUGAAUUUAAUGAUGGUAGGUUAGAAUGAUUUAUUUUUAUACUUACCAAGGCCAUAAUGGCAUAAGGCCAAAAUUUUAUUUACUAAUUGUAUUUUAAUGUAUAGAAUCUAUUAUCUUAUAAAUUAUAUAGUUAAAUGUAAAUUAGUUAGUAAUGUCACAGGUUGGGUUUUACUAUCCUUUUUUUCUGUCUACUUUUCAUUAUUAAUUUCUUUAUUACCAUUUUUAUUUUUUAUUCUAAAUUUAAAUGUUGACAACAUUUUUUAAGAUGACAUUAAUCCUCAUUUGUUGUGUACCUAUACAAAAUUUGUUUUCAUUAUUUAGUUAUCAUUUGAUCAUAUUGACUUAAUUCCACAUCCGUUGAAGAAAGCAUUGUGUACAUAAUACUGGAAAUAUUUUCAAAACAUUAAAAUCACUUAAAUACUAUCAUUGAGAUAAAGUUCUUUCCAAAUUCUGUCAUUGUCAAUAUAAUUAAAUAUUUAUAAUAUUUUAUGUAUGAAAUCUAAUUUUGAUAUAUGUGUGUUUAGCUUUUCAUAACCUUACAACCUCAAAACAUUACAAAUAAAUUUACACGCAGAAAUAAUAGAAAACUAAUCUAAUUUCAAAGAGUUGCAUCUGUAAUUUUUUGCUCAAAUCUUACGGACCUGCCUUAUCAACAAAAAUUGACACUUAAUAAAUCGGAAACGAGCCAUAAUCUUUAAUAUUCAAAGACGUGUAAUUUUGAAUAGUCCAUAUUUAUCUACAUUUUUGAUUUUGUAAUUAAAUUAUUUAGAUAUUCAUUAAACCAUGAGAUUUAGCUAAAAAAUUGCUACUAUAAUAAAUUUAUUAAAAAAGAAAAAAAAAUCUUUGAAUCAAAAACAUUUUACUAAAUGUGCUAUUAUUUUCAAUUUUUUAUUGUCAUUUGAAUUACAUACAUUAUACGCUUAAAUAAAACAGUUAACAAAUAAAAGACAAACUUAUAUUAUGUAAAUAUAUAUUUAUGUUCUAAUUAAUGGUAACUGGAUAUUUCUGUUUAAUUUUAUUGUUGAAGGCAUAAAAAACGAAAUUUAUUAUAAUUAUUAUUUAUUAUUAAUUUAUUAUUAUUAUUAUUAUUAUUGAUAUUGAUAUUAUUAAUUUAUUAUUAUUUUAUAUUACUAUUUUGUUUAUUGUUACAUAGUGGUUAAUACAUUUCCCCAGUGUGUUGUUAAGGCCAUAAAUGAGUUAUGUUUGUUGUUUAUUGUUUAAAAAUUAGAAUAGUUAUAAUAACAGCUUCAAAAUUGGCUUCAGAGUAAAGAUUAUAACAAAAUGAAAAAAAUAUUGACUCCUCUGAAUAAUGGAUGUUUAUUAAUUAUGUAUUGUUUGUUUGUUUUAUUAUUUCUUUUUUUUAGUUAUUUAAUUAUUUUGGGUUAUAUUGUGUUAUUUGUAAUCUGUGAAUUACUUGAUACUAUACAUUUAAAAAGCCUUAUAUAAUGUAAUUAGUAGUUGGAGGAUACUGGGACAACAUUUUUUUUUCUUUUGACAAAAUGUAUAUUUUUUUAUUAAUCGUGUACAUACUUGUUAUUAUUAUUAUUAUUAUUAUUAUUAUUAUAUAUAAUUUUUUUUUUAAUACCUAAAUAGCAAAUUAACAUAAAUAAAUAUUUAAGUGGAAUUAGGAAAUAAUUUCCCUUAGUACUAGUCAUGGAAGGCUAAUAUUGAUAAAUAUAUAUUUAUACAUAAAUAUCUAUACAAUGUGUGUUAGCUUAUGGAUUAAUUUCUUAGCUGAAUUUCCAAUCAUUCUCUUUUACUAUUUGAAAACGAGUUUGCAAUUUAUAAUUUAGUAUAAUUUCAAACCAGCUUUAUGAACAUUAUUAACGAUAAUAUAUAUAAUUGAUGCAUAUGUACAUACUAUGUUUUGUUAAUGUAAUGUAUUGUACUGUACAAUUUAUUUAUCUUGAUAUAAUAUCUUAAAGUAUAAUAUGUAAAUUACCAUGGUAAUACGAUGUAUUUUCUUUGUUAGUGUUUGGACUUUGUAAUUGAUACAUUUGGGUGGUGUCUAGUUCGUUACUAUUAUUUUAAGAAAAAUGUAUUAUAAACGCACAGUGCUCUUUGUUGAAAAUGACACUCCUUUUAAAGUAUUUAUACACCAUUUUUUCUGUGUUUGCUUGAUUGGAAAACUUUAAAAAUUCUUUAUAACCUAAUCUAAUCGGUAUCAUUAAUUUAUCAUUUGCCAUGCUCUGACACAAUUUGUAUAUGAAAAUAUUAUGUAUUAAUGUAUAUUCCUUCCUUAUUGAAGAAAAGUGAAGAAAUAUUACAAAUAAUAAUAAUAAUAAAAAAAAAAAAAAAAAAAAAUUGUAUUAAUUAUUUGUUUAGCCUAUUUUUUAAUUUAAUUGACCGGUUACAUAAUUUAUUAAUAUCCCUAGUUAUUCGUUUUGUUGAUUUGUUUUCUUUAGGUGUCAAAUAGGUGUAUAUUCUAUUGUAGUCAUUAAAUUAAUUUGCAAAAGAUAAAAAAUAUUGAAGCUCAAUAGUGUUAAAUUAUUAUUCUUUUACUUGCCUUGGUUAUGCAUUGUUUUAAAAUUAUUUAGUUCCAUUAUAUUUGUUGUAAAUGUUUAGUUUUGUAAUUUAAGUCAAAUUCACUAAUAUAAUAUAUAUUCAAUUUAUAUAUAAAUAUUUUUAAAUGUAUACUCUUUGUUGUUAUUAUUAUUAUUAUUAUUAUUAUUAUUAUUAUUAUUAUUAUUAUUAUUAUUAAUAUUAUUAUUAUUAUUAUUAUUAUAAUAAUAUAGUUAACAAGAAUAUUAAUUAUUUCCAAGGUAGACUACUUCUCUAAUAAUAUUUAAGCUAUGGUGCGUACUAUCAUCAUAUACCUUGCAAUAAUAUUGUUUUUGCUACCUAAUUGAUUGAAUUAUUUUCAUGUUAGUAUCUAAUUAUUUAUCUUGGAUGACUAUUGACAUUACCUAUUUAGUAUUUACGUAAGCCUUCCAGGUCUUUAUAUAAUAUAUAAAGUUAACAGUCAGUCCUGGUAUUCCAUAAUAUAUUGUUAGGUAUAUAUGUUCAUAACUUAAUUAUAAUAUUAAAAUUUCUCCUCUUCUCGAUUUUCACUGACCUGUACUAUGCCUAAUUCCACUGUUUUUGUUACAAAAUAUUAUAUAAUAAUAAUAAUCUUUAUUAAAAACUGAGUGUUUAUUGAUCAUAUUAUAUAUUAUUAAUAAAUUGUUACAUGUGAAUUCAAACGGUAACACGAUAUAUGGUUAUUAUCAAUAAUAAUUUCAAAUCGCAUUAACGUUUGAAACCAGUUGACUGAUCCAUUUAUUCUGUUUUGAAAAACUAUUUAACUUAUUUAUAUUUAUAUUUUUUAAAAAUUCGUAAAAAAAAAAAAAAAACUUAUUAUUAUACUGAUAAUUAUAAUAUGAAUAUUUAAAAGAAUAAUAAAAUUGGUUAUGUAAUUAUUAAGGUGUAAAUAAUAUUAUAUUCUUUCAAACUGGAUUUCAUGACCAACUAGUAAGAAAAUAAUAUUAAUAAUAUUAAAAAAAAUUAAUUAAUGAUUUAAAGCUUGAUUUAGUUGUGUUUUUCUCCUCUCAAAACAGUGUGCGAUGGACGUACAAAUUUUAUGUGUUUUAUGUUCAUGGAGUCUUGUUUGAUUUUGAAUUUUGUGAUAUUUGAUUAUUAAUCUUAUAAAUACAUACAUUAUAUAUUAUAUUAUAUAAAGAAAAACAAAUAGCUGAUGUUGUUUUAUUGUAUUUUAUCAUAGAAAUGUAAAAAUUAUAUGG